UUUAGGAUCUUUGAUUGACAUCUCAUUUUGGCGCGGAAUAUUCCAACUAUAUUGUCACUUUACAGCGCGGGAGUUCGUGUGUUUGUGUGUGAAUGUCGGAGCUGCGGUGUUGUUAACCUGUUCGUCUUUAUUUAGUGAGAAUUGAAGGAAAAGUUCGGAGACAAAAAUGCAGCGGAGUAUCGCGUGAGUACACGGAUUUACCGUUGUUUCUGUUUAGCUUGUUUGCUAGUUAUUGUAGCAUUAGCUUAAGUAGUAAGAGACAUGAGUGUGCUCUGUCUGUGCAGGAAAGAGGCUUUAACAUCAAAAUCAUCACGAUUAUUGGAAUCACAGCUCACUAAUAGCUUGUUAGAUUGAUAAAACACGAUAGUAGGAGGUUAGGAGAUGCAAAAUAAUCACGUUAGAAAGACUAGCUGCUUUGCAAGGUGGUAAUAAAUCCAUUAAUGAUCUAUACAACUUUAUUAGUGAGCCUACAGUUUGGUUUAUUCAGAGCUGCACAUGAGCAGUGACUGUAAAACCUUUGCUGUUUGCAGGGAGUGUUUAUUUACACGCUAAACACCAACAAAAUCAUUAAUUUCCCCCUUUUCUCGUUUGUUUUCUCUCCUCAGAUCCUUUUUUCAGCCAAAGAAUAAAGAGGUUCAGAAGAAAACUACAGAUGAACCUGUGAAGAAGUAAGUUUUCUUUGUGAGUGCCAUUUGAAAAGGGAGGAAAAUGCCUUUUACUGCGAUAGAUUUCAAUAGUCAUAAGAAAUGUAAACAUGUGAGGCACAGAUCAUAGAAAACAAAACAAAUAUGCCAAGAUAUUUUCAGGUUAGAAGUUAUAGUCGUGAUGCUUUUAUCUUCACUGUAUCACUGUUUUAAAGGACUGUAUGUGCAGAAACUAAGAUUAAAAUACUGUGUGAGCAUGCAGCUGGGAUACAGUGUUCACAAUCAGAUCACAGUCUUCACACAUUAAUUGAUUAUCGAUCAAAAAACUAGAUAAUAAUUGAGCAUGAACAUGACAUUAUGUAAAUGUAAAAACCACUCCGUCUUUUGACACUUCCUUCCAUUUCAUUUAUUUAUUUAAAAGGGUCAAUAAUAAUAAUAAUAAUUCAUUUUAUUUGUACAGCGCUUUUAAAAACACUCAAAGACGCUUUACAUAGUAAUAAAACAAAGACAUGAAAACUGUGAAAUGAAUAAAACGGUUAAAUAUUAAAAGUAAUUUUAAAUUAGUGAGUUUUUAAAGGGAUUUGAAAGUCGUGGGGUCGGGGCAGUGUCUGUUGAAGGGUGGUAGGGAGUUCCAGAGGGUCGGGGCAGCUGUGGACAUAGAUAAUGUGCACAUUAAUGAACAUACAAAUGUAAAUACGCCAAAUUCAGCCAAAGGCUCAUUUUCAUCUGUAGUCCCUGGCAGGUCGAGGAAAAAGGAAUAUAAAAAAUGGAAGUACAGUGUCGGACAAAUACAAAGAUCAUCUAUACAGUAUGAGAGUCAGUUCUCUGUGGUCACAUGACUGGUUCCUCUUUAGCCAUAAGAGCACAUCAAGUGAAAGUGCUUCAUUAAGGUUAACUCUGUUCAAGAGGUAAUGAGAGGAGAUGAUAUUAAAGAAUGACUAAUAACCAAUAAUCUAUACACAUUAUGGCUUUAAAGAGACGCUCAUCAGAGAUAGUUUAAAAAAAACCUGAACUAUAAUCAUAAUUAGGCGCAUUUUUCUUUUUUAAAUGCAACUUGUGAAGAAGUGUCUCAGUUUUAUUCACCCCUGAUCCUCAUUUUUAUUUAUAUCUUCUGUUACUCUCCGGAUUUGUGUUCUUGUUUAUGUUUGAUCCUCUGUUUGUCCAUUUCUUCGUCCUUUUGCUCUCAACACUUCCUUUUUUUGUAACUUUAAAUGAUGUCCUGUUUCCUCUUGUUAUUGAUCAGUUUAUUUGACUCUUUCUGUGGCCGUUUCGUACCUUUGAUUCAUUUAAUUUAAUUUAUUGCUUCUAUGUUUUAGCCUGGGCGGCACAGCGGUGUAACGGUUAGCACUCACAGCAAGAAGGUCCUGGGUUUGAAUCCGGGUCAGGGCAUUUCUGUGUGGAGUUUGCAUGUUCUCCCUGUAUCUGCGUGGGUUUACGCCGGGUACUCUGGUUAGGGGUGGGGUUAUGUUAAUUAGCCACUUUCAAAUUUCAAAAGUGAAUGUGAGCGUGGAUGGUCGUUCGUCUCUAUAUGUCAGCCCUGCAAUGAACUAGUGACUUGUCCAGGGUGUCCCCUGCCUUUGCCCCCGAAGAUGCUGAGAUAGGGUCCAGCCCCCCCUCGAUCCCGAGAACAGGAAUAAGCAGUAGAAGAUGAAUGAAUGAUGGAUGAAUGUUUUAAUUGUUUCAUGUUUUUAACUAACUUAAAAUUCUAGAUCAGAUUUGUGACCCCUGACAGGAACAUACACGCUCUUUGUCCCUGUUCUUUUGGUUAACCGUCUGAUUUUCAACUCUUUUAAAACAGUUUGUUUUUAGAUCAGUUCUCGUUCUUAGAUUAGAGGACCCGGGGAGAAGUUGCAGCCUGUAAAAAUGAAGUCAACUGAACAAGAGUGGGAGUGGGAUGUAACCUGCGUCUGUGUCCGAACCUCUCAGACAGUGUCAGUACAGGAAAGUUGUCUCUGAAUCACGGAUCAGAAAAGCUUUUCUUUGUCCACUUUUAUUCUAAUCAAAAGAGCCGAUAACUUGAGUUCCUCGUCUUUUGAUGCUCCUGUUCAUUAUCUCCAGACUGUAUUAACCUAAAGGACGUCUUUAAACUCACUUGUCUUUUAUGUAAUGAUCCCUUCAUCAGUGCAUUGACCUCUCUUUUAUGACUCCAGCCUUGAUUUUACGACUUUCCUUUUUUUUUUUCUUCACUGCUCUUGUAACCGACAUUAACACCUCGAAAAAGCGCCGUGUCACUUCAUCUCAGAAAGAGGGAUUAAAUCUGUGUUUCUUCUCCAGGACCGUCAAAAGCCCUCUGAAGGUGCAGAACGGCAUCCAGGAAGUAGAUUCACCCAUCAAGAAGGUCGUCAAACGCAGCCGCCAGAUCCUGGACAGUGAUGACGACGAUGCGCCGAUGGUUGAAGAGCAAGUCGCCGUGAAGGGACAGGGGAAAAAAGACGCCGCCGGUAAAACGGAAACGGUAAGAGGCCUAGAUGGGCGAUGGUGAUGGGCGGUAUGAUGGUAUAUAUACAGACCUUAAACGUUACCUUUCACGGUGAUAGAAGAGGGUCCGACAGGAUUCGAUGCGCUCCUUGAAGACUCACAACAAGUUGGAAAUAACGUUGUGUGUUGUUGCGCUCACACAGUGCGAGUAGAACAAGGUGACCAGACCUCCCCGAUUUCCGGGGACAGUCCCCGAAUUGGAUGGCCUGUCCCCGGCAAAAGCUGUCCCUGAUGUAAGCGUUUCAUAAAUGAGAACAAAAAUGUUGCGUGUGGGCUCGAACAACGGUUAUUACAGUAGCCGAAUAGGUAGGAAGCACAAGUAAGCAGUCCUGAACAACAGUUCUUACGGGGGUUAUUACAAGGGGCAUGCGCUGCUACCGUCACCUUAGAGUAGAAUCAUUCAGCAGUGCGCCAAGAGAGAGAGAGCGCAGAUGUCUGCUGCAUCUCUCUGAGUCAGUGUAUAGUUGUCUGCGCUACAGGAGAGACGGAGCGCAUCUGUUUGGGUGCGUUUCCGUAUAUUCACAAGUGUGUCAUGUGGAGUUUGUUCGCUCCGUUUGAUUGGUCAGGAUUGGGUGCGCUCCCUAUAGUCACCAGUGUGUCCAGCAGACUGUUUGGCGUAGUUUAGACGAGGAAGAAGAAACAGAGUAAGUUCCUGAUUAAUGAAGCCUCAGCUCGACGCUCUCAUCGUCCCCUCUGUCCUUACAGUCCACAUCCGUAAAACAUUAAAAUAACUCGGUGAGAUCAAACUUCGUUCAACUGUUUACUUCAAAAAAUGCAAGGUUAGUACAAAACAGAAGAAGCUCAUAUGAAAAGAUGAAAUAUAUCCAACAACAAAGAGGCGAGAGCGAGGUCAAAAAACUGUGUGGCUCUAAGUGUCAAUAGAAGCAUCUGCAGAAAAUACAUAAAAUCAUCCCAUUUGCUGCAGUAAAAAAAAGUCACGUGGAAAUCAGAGGCUAAAUUUUGCCCCUAGUGGCUGAUUUUAGCCACAGCGUUACACAAGGGUUAACCAUUUCAUUUACAGGAGGAAAAAACAUACUGUGAUAUAAACCAUUAACGUGAUAAAAGAUUUUGUUCAUACCACCCAACAUGAAUGGACAAUGUUUGAUAUCAGCUGAUCCUUUACCUCCACGCCCUCCCUUUCCCCCGCUCAGACAGUAACAGCGCCCAGCCAAUCAGACGCUCUUCCUCCUGAAUGAAGUGCGUCUAAUAAGGCUGUUAGAGCUCCUGCAGGUCCAGCGGCGCCUGUUAUUUACCGCCCGGUUUGAAAACACGGCGGCACAAAGGCGGCGUGAUUGUACAGUGAUUCACCGUGUUGAAUGUAUUCAUCAAUAAGCCACAAAAUAAAAAAGAGCUGAUUAUCGGCUUCGGCCAUCGCUCCACCACCUGUCGUUUGAUAAACACUCCUAUUAGCGCCCGUUUAUUUGCUGUAGUGUGUCGGGAACGAUUCAUUAUUCCAUCACAGAGGGGCGAUGCGUCGCUCUGAUAUAACUAUUAUUAAACGCUGCCAAUGAUCACGCUGAUAUUUGAGGAUUUUCUGCUCCCACAGAGCACCUCCGGCAAACAUAAAUACAGAGCGGAGCCGCUGAUUGUUUUAAUCAGUCGCUAAUCUUCCUGUUGUUCUCUGAAGUUCAACUUCAAAUGUGGGAAAAUAAAUAAGCUCUUAAAGGUGAAGGCUUUUCUGCGUCCCGUCAGUCCUGAAGAUUUGGACCUUCUUAAUUAUUAUCAGCUGGUUUGUAAGGAUGUCCUCGCCUCGAAAGCGAAGACGGCGCUGACGGGUCUCAUGUGCUGAAGCAGGUUGUCAGUCUGCCUGCGGUAGAGCUCUUGUUUUUUCUCUCUCUCUCCUCCUCGCGGCCCUCUUGAGCGAUGCGCUCCGGUGCACAACAAACUUGUUUCCUCGCUGAUGGAGGUGUGUGUCGUUCAGGGUUUGCAGUGUUGUUCUCACACACUCUCUAAAAAGCAAAGAUACUCCCGUUUAUAGAUUUAGUGGAGGUUUUCGGCUCCUCUGUAUUUUGGCUCUCAGCUCUUUUGGUGUUGACAGGUCGUUGUGGAGCUUCUAUAGACUUUAAAAAAUCGUCUUUUUUUUUUCAGCAGAAAGUUGAGGUUGGGUGAUAAAAGCAGUCCACUGAGCUCCAGAGUAAAUUGUCUUAUAAAGCUGCACAACCAACCCUGCAUUUGUCAUGUCAGCCGCAGAUGGAAAAGGCCGAGGAGCUGUCAUUUCGACGAAGGAAUCAAAACUCUAAUCGGCUGUAAAUCCUCUUUUUUUAUGCGGCUCACUCUUGAACAAAUCUGCUUUAUAUCGACAAGUUUACGACGGUGUUUUUGGACCUGAUGGCUUCUCCGUUUCUCUCCUCUCUCCUCCGUCUACAGCAGACAUAAACCUGAGUUGUGUUUUUUUUUUUUCAUGAAAAGCCAGAAAUUGGGAUUUGCUGCUCUGUAAAUAAGCGCUGAAAGAAGUGGUGUUGUAGGUGGAGAGGUGCAGGUGUGACGGAGGGCGGAGCAGAAAGACACACACAGAGCAGUCACAGUGAAAAGAAAUAGUCGGGUGGUGUUGUCCGACUGUUUUGUGCACGGCGAUGAUAUUUGACUCGCCGUUCAGCGGUUGAAUUUCCCGUCUUGGACAGCUGGACGAUUCAUCGAAUUUCAAUCUUUUUUAUUUAUUUAUUUUUUAUAGAAUUUAUUUGAACAUGAACAACAAUUUAACAGUAUAAAUUAAGACAUAAACACACAGAAAGAAAGAAAGAAAGAAAACAAAACAAAACCAGAGAGUCAAAAUGGAGUGGGAGGAAGUCGAAAUCUGUCUCGUCUCACCCCUUCAAAACAUGGUUUCGAUUUUGGCUUCUCACGACCAAAAAAACAUAAUAGAAGAAAAACAGUUAAUGCGCCGCUCAGAACAGCGUGUAUCUAAGUUGUGCUGAAAAAAACCCUCAAAUGCGCCCCUAUUGCAAGCGUGUGGCGUGUGUGGAUCCAAAAUAUGAGCAGGAACGAUUGAAAACACGGUACGACAACUUCAAUAAUAUCGAAACAUUUCGGCUUCAAUCGGACGGACGUCGAGCAAAGGGAAAUUGUUCGCCAAGUUUGUCGCGCCGUCUUGUCUGCUCGCCAAGGCGACACGACCGACUGCAGGGUUUACACUUUAGGCUAUGCAAACAACCGUGGCGCAACACCACAGCGAAAUAAAAGCCGACAUGUCAUAAAAAUGAACUCUAACUCUAAAUCGGUAUCUAUCAGUAUAUGUGGGCGCACGUUGGCGCUGCGCCGCAGAGCACGCAUGCCAAGUAUUAGCAUAAGCAAGUUAGUGUCGACGAUCACAGGGAGGAUUAAUUUGAAUGUUUUUACUUGUUAUUUAUUUGUGUUUGUUCUUUUAGGUUGUAUUUAAAGUUCAGUUUCGAAAUGAAUGAAUAAUCAUGUUUUUUAAUCGUGAUUUCAAUAUCAGACAAAAUAAUCGUGAUUUUUGCUGUAAUCGUCCGGCCCUACCUUCUUGAACUGUGAUUGGUCGAUAGGUUUUGAGCCACAGCGGUGGCGCUCGGACCUUGAGGGUUUUUGAGUGAAUUCUUCAGCUUCUUCAGACUUUAAUGCGCCCCGCUCUGCGUUCUCUCUCUCUCUCUGGUUGUUUUCCUUCUUCUUCAUCACUCACCUGAAUCUGUCCUGCAGCUCUAACCUGCUUCUCAUCUUUUACAGAAGGACGACGUCUUCAAGGCGGUUCCCACCCCCUUGUCUCCUCCACCGGCCCCGGCGACCCCUGUAACCCCGGCCACCCCGGCUACCCCUGCCUCUUCAGCUUCACCGGGGACCCCCAGCACCCCCAACUCCAUCUCGCCCUCAGGGAUCGUGAAACGUAAAACAGGUGAUCCUGACCGUCUUAUCCUGACCUCCUCCUCUCAAAGUUUUCCCGCCUUCAGCUCUUUCACUCUCGAUGACUCGUUAGCGGGAGCCUAAUGGAUCCAGAUACUCGUUAUUUCAGAAUGAGCGCGAAAACACGACAUUCAUCACCGAGAGCACGCAUGAGAAGGUCGUUCAUGAGAAGCCGCUCCGCACACUCGCCGCCCUCGACUUUCAUUUAUCUCCUGACUCCCUGGAAGGGUGUCGAGUACCAGUAGAGCGGAUUGUCUCGUCAGUUUCUCCCUCUCGAACCUUCUCCACGAGCUGACAUCAUUAUUUUUCUGCAUGUAUUUACAUAAUCGUAAUAACGCUAUUACUCCCUUUUCUGCUGACUUAAUGUAACCGGUGGAGCAAGUCGGCGCUCUGCAGCAGCUGAUUGUCUAUCUUUGGUAACUCCCCUUCAAAAUAAAAGCACCAGCAUAUGUGGUGAUGAUUGUUUUAUAGCUGCAGUCUGUACCUGACAGCUGCGAGACGAAGGUGAGAGAGAGACGGAGCUGUUCACGGUCAUUAUCGGUGACUCUAAAUGAGAUGAACGUGUUGACGCGUAAUAAUACAAGAACCAGAUCUCAAAGGAAAGAUUUAAAGCUCUUCUUCUUCUCCUUUGUUUUCCCUCUCCCUCGUCCUCCUUUUUCUCCUGCAGGAAGAAAAAAAAAAAAGCGUCUCUUAUUUCUUUCAUCAUCUCAUUCCCUUUGUGUUUGAUGAGUGCGGCCGUUCGCCACAAUAAGAUCCCCCCGCCGCCGCCGCCGCUGUCACCACCGGAGAAAACAGCACAUUAAAGAAACACUCUAAUUUGGCCAGAAAUUGCGAUCUUAAUGAUGCCGGGUUAAUGCUUUCAUUAUGAUAUCUAGAAGGAAAACACCAGCCGUGCUACCUGCGCCGGAGUCGUAACAAGCAGCAGAACAGAGGCGGCGGCGGCGGAUGUGGAAAUCCAAAACUAAAAUUACCCUCAAGCACCGCUGCUGCAUAAAAUUACAGAGGAAAUUACACUGGAACCCUGAGCCGCCGCUGCGCCGCAUAAUAUCUUUCAGGAUGGAAUUAGUGUUUUCAUUAGCAAAAAUACGGAGCUGAGAGUCUCUGUUUUCCUCGCCCUACAUCUGCACAGAGAGAGUCUGCCUCUGUCUCCUUGUUCUCUGUCUGUUUGAUCAGGAUAUGUUUCACUCUCUUCUGUUUUUUUCCCCUCCCUCUGUCCCUGACGUGUGCGCGCAGCGAGGAAGAUGUUCCCCAAGAGGAAGCUCGACGAGAGCCGGAGCGAGGAGAGUCCGAAGGACGAGCCCGAGGUCAAGGAGGAGCAGGGUCAGCAAAACAAGCGUCCCCGAGUGGACAGCGGUGGCAGCGGCGGUGCAGGUACGGGUUCACCUCCGCUGAUAAACACAGGGACACAGGACCGGAAAUUUAAUCAGACACCUGCAAGGAUUUUUAAACUUUUAUGAAACUUUUUAAAGAAGUCUGACGUAAACAGGAAAUUUGACUUGAGCUUAAAGGACAGCAGUGUGUCGUUUAGUAAAAACUCGAGUCAGUAGAGUGAAGAGGGCGCCGCAUCCUUAAUCAAGCCCAUUAAUUAACCAUGUAGAUUAAAAAUGAAUAAAAGAGGAGAGAAAUAAAGAUGGAUGAUAUUUAGUUCAGGAAGAGGCAGAAAGCUGAGAGAGUUCACCUGAGUGAAGUUUAAAAAAUACAACUACAACAAUUAUAAAAAGACGUUUAAAUUUGUCAGAAAAGUUUAAAAAAAGUUAAAAAUGUUUACAUUUAGUGUGGAAGAGCUGAUAAACUCAUUUACACCUUUGACUGCGACAUCUUUCAGAUGACUUUUUCCAAAUCAGGGCACACAGGUGUCGGAAAAGCACUUUUAGUUUUAUCCUUGAACAUGUCAAGAGUGUAGACUGUAUAUACUAUGGACAACUUGGUUCUGCCUCCCGCCUAUUUACGGAUUUUAAGGCAAAAGCUCUCUGUAUUUCCAGGAUUUUUCUUCAUUUCCUGAAACCGGCGCUUCGUAGUAGUGUAGUACGCAUUCGGUGGGAGAGUCGUUGCGAUGACGCUCGGCUCAAACAGCGUAUCCCCUGGGUGAGCUACGCAAUCUUCGUACACCCAUAGGCUGUAUCAAGUGUCAAUCAUAGAAAACAUGAACCCCCUAAUAACUUUUAAAAAUGGAGCUUCACAGAAAAAUAGAGGACUUGAGCACAAACCAGUCUGACGUGUCAACAUCGCAACCAGGGGGGAAAAACAUUUAUGUUCUGUGUAAUAAAUUUCUAAAGUUUGUCCACAGUCCCUUAAAUUCUACCAAUCAUAUGAACUCCACUUACGGUCUUUUUCCAAAUCAGGGCACACAGGCGUCGGAAAGCACUUUUAGUUUUAUCCUUGAACACGUCAAAAGCCUCUAACUUGUUGUUUCUGAGUAUCCUAAAUGGCAGCCUGAAGUAACAAGCAACACCUGAUACCUGUAAAUGCACAUGCUUGUUGUUUUCUGUGACUCUGGCGUCUCCUCGACUCGACAGACGAGCAAGUUUUAUCAGACAACCAGUUUAGUCUCUUUAAGUCAUAUUUGGACUGUGCCGCAGUGAGCGCUGAAAACAAGUAGCUGAUCAAUAAGUGGAUCGAUAUAAAACUUAAAGGCGUCAAGUUUAAUAGUCAGCUAAUGAACCGGUCAUCAAGCUUAAAGGGUUUUCUGGAUCAGGCUUGUUUUAUGUGCGGAUUUUCUCUUUAAGCCAAGUCGGUUUAUUUAUGACGCUUAUUUACCAGCAGCAGCAGCAGCAGCAGCGAGAGCAGACCAGAGCGCUGAGAGGAAAACAGAACAAUGAUCAAAUAUAAACAUACAAACAGCUCCACACAAUCAAAGGAAAACCAGCGCGGGGUCAGGAUGUUAACUCAGAGACAGGAGAGAUGAAUUAUUUUUAAAGAAAACUGAGAUCAGAUCAUGUUUGUAAAACUGGAGGUCAGGAGAACAUGUGAUCUUCACCGUCUGAUACGUGUUUGUUAGAAGAUAAUGGAGAGAUUAAGUGUAGUGAUGGCUCCAUAAGCCUGUGAGUAAGAAGGAAGAAAGAGCCAAGACUUUAGAAAUUAAAGACGAUCAAUCCUCAUCAAUUAGUGCUAAGAGCUAUAGAUUAAAGUUAGAUCUCCUUCUGAGGUGUCACAGGUUCCUAAACCCUCGCUUUGGUUCAACGAAGAAAAAGGUCGAUGGUGUAGAUGUUGGAUAUUUCAGAAACCCAGAGACGCUCUGCUGGGCGGCCAUGUUUUUUUCUGUUUAUUGAAAUUUUACAGAUUAGAAAAAUAAUAGUGUUCUAAUUACAGAUUACAGGUCAAUUCAGAAUACCCCAGAACAGAUACCAACCCUCGAACCCCCAUUCCUCUGACACCCAGCCUCAGCAGAUGGACAUGUAAAGUUAAAAGUGAAGAAAAGACGAACAAAAGUAAAGAAGAAAAAUGAUAGAGGAAGAGAAAAAGUGGAAACAAGUGAAUAAAUUAAUGUAUGAAAAGAUACAAAUAAAUGAAUAAAAACAAUGGUUGUAAUACUCAGUAAAAUAAGUAAAUACAUAAAUAAACAAAUAGACCAAUAAGAUCAAUAAAGAAGCAUAAAUAUCAGAGUCGAAAUCGGGUCAUAAAAAUAUAAAUCAAUCAAAAAUAGAUAUGUUUUGUGGCCAUCUUUAAGGAGUAUUCGCCCUGAGAACCCAAGGCUUGAACUCGAGACCGUUUAAAAGAAGGAUGACAUGACAGCAUCUUUAAAGAGGAGCUGAAAACUGGGAGCUCACAAAACCAAACCCUGUGGAACACCACAGGUAAUGAUAUAAGCCAAAAAGUUAAAACGAGCCAAAUCCACAGUAAAAGUCACACAAAUACAACAGGAAAUUUAGAAAAAGACACGAGGCAGCUUUAGAUAAGAUGGAAAAUAUCCACUCUCAUCCUGACGGUCUUUGAAAGGAGACUUCUUGGCGCUUAAUUGCUUGGCGAAGGGGCAGCAUAGGGAAAGAAACUAAAUUGGACCCAAUAUUGAGCCCUGAGGUACACCAGAGUUAACGUUAGAAGUGGAAGAAAAAAGAGUUUGUGACGCUGAAUUAUGCGGCUAAAGGGCAGCUUAUAAAAAAGAAAUGAAUGGGACCCAAUACUAAACCCUGUGGUACACCUCGAGUAAUGAUAUAAGUCAAAGAGACAGAGUUAAAACGAGCCACGUGCAGAUAGUAAGUCUGUGUCGUAUUUGACUGUAUUAAAAGGUGUGAAAGUUUGAAGGUUGAACCAAAGAGUCCAUCUAAAUGAGUCAGAAUACUAACCUUUGUGCACAUCUAAUAACUUUUUUUAUAUAUCAGGAUAAAUUCAGACUUCAGAAAAGCUCUUUUUGUUAGGAUGUGUAAACUUCCCGAGUUUCCAGCUCAGAUUCUCAGAAGUGCAUUAUUUCUGGCAGCAUGUGUACCUACAGCAGCAGCAGAGUGGGCAGAGAAAUGGCCUCUCUCUCUGAACUCGUGUUAGAGAUCCAAAAGUCGGCGUUAAAAGUAGCAGUCCAGUCCCGCGGUCAUUCGAACUUGUGGAUGAGAAAAUUAAACUUUCAUGUCUAGUUUCUCUCUCAGCUGGUAUCAUGACCCCGGCUCGCUCUGCAGGGACUCGGUGCUACAAGUUUGUCAAUAGUCAUUUCUCUCUUACCUGGCUCUCUCGGGCAAAAAGGAAACCUAAAAAAUAUAACCCGCGGCUUUCAUUGAAGAAGGCUGUUGUGUUCAAAAACCACCUUCACACAGGGGGCGCACAAAAAAACUGGGUCGCCCUCAGUAAACCUGCUGGCAUUUAUCUCUUCAAUGACUCUUCUCUCUUUCUGUCUCACCCUUCGCAGGGGACGCCGCUGAACCCAUGGAGGAGGGAGCAAAGGAAGAGGGAGUUGAAACGGCAGUGACAGAGGCUAACAGCCCAGACGAGGAGAAGGAGGAGGAGGAGGAGGAGGGGAAGAAGAAGAAGAAAAAAACGGAAGAAGAGAAGGCCAAGGAGGAGGAGCGGGCCAAGAGACGGGACUCUGAUGAGAAAGAAAAGAAAGCCGGAGGGGCGGCGAAGAAGAAGAAAAACGCAGCGAAGGAGAAGACAGAUGAUGAGAGAGGGCCCGCCGAUGCCAAGAAGGAGGAGGUUGAAAAGGACACGCGAGAAGGAGAAGGGAGCCCGAAAAGUCAAACGGUGAAAAAACAGAAAGAGGCAAAAGAGCAGAAAGAUAAGGAGCCGCCCAAGAAAGCCCCCAUCAGCAGUUUCUUUGGUGAGGGGUGAAUUUGCAUAGCUCUGCGCUUGCAUAAAAGAACGUGUCCGUAAAAAUGUGCUUCGCUUUUAUCACUUCCAAAAAGACAGCAAAAUAUCGCUGUGGUCCAAACUCGGCUCCUCCUCACCUUCUGUUCCAUAUGUUUGUUUUUUUUAUGUUCUUAUAGCUCCCAGAAAAGCGGCAGCAAAAAUAGAGAAACCCGAGAAGGAUGAAGGAGAGAAAAAGACGAGUGCAGAGAGGAAGACUUCAACGGAGGAGGAGAGUAAAGAGACAAAAGGGUGAGGCAGAGUACAGCAGGGAUAUACCGAGAGUUCAGACCACAAACAUGUUUGUUUUUCUCACCCGUCUGUCUUGUUUGUUUAUCUGUGACUUGCUCUGAACCCUGAACUCAUCCAUGUCUCACAUUGACCUCUGACCCCUGUGAUAGAGUACAUGAAUGCUUUUUGCAAGAACAGCAAACUAAUUCGACUUGAGGUUCUGUUUUUGGAUAUUUGGUUUUCUGUUGUUUUAUUUUCUGAUGUUUCCUAUUAAAACAAACAAACAAAAUCAAACCGGAUAAUGAAGGGCAGGGACAGUGGAUCAGACACGGGACCAGGACAGUCCAGAUCCAGGCAAAAACACAGGACUUUCAGCCUCCUAUGCUUCCUGGUUUGAUAGUUCUUCUCCUCAUCAGUUCAGCUGCAACAGAUCCGUACUAAAGCCUCAAAUAAAGGCCUGUCUUCGGACCCCUUAUUGUGGCCUGGGCCGUGCUUUUUAUGUGUGAAUAGCUUAAUGAGCUCAUAAUCACCACGAUUGAACCACGGGCCGUCUCCGCUCUAGUUUUUAGUUUUAUUCAGACUGAAAUUCCUGGACAUGGUCUCAACUCUCUGCUGCUCAGGGCUGCAAUCUGUGCGCUUUCAUCCUGGCGGCACUAAAUUCUCUCCUCAUACAGGAUGUGAUGGAGAAUGGGUGGACAGUUUCUAAUCAGUUAACUUCCUCAAACGAACUUUUUGUCAUGUUUAAAGACAAUGUCUUCUCAGGAUGACUAAGUUUUUAAAUACUCCAGCACAGAUGGUAAAAAUGUCUCUUUGACUGAGCAUUCAGAUCUAGACGGAUACAAAAAGAGAUUUUAUGAAAAAUAUCAACAGAUUGGAGUGAAAACUUGUUUGAAAUGAGGUCUUUUAAUCAGAAUGCUGGAAGGAUUGAUCUCCAGAUGCAAACAGAUUUAGUGACUGAAAGUGUUUGUACUGAAAGUCGAUAACCACUCCACAGGCUGCUCACUCCCUUUAGCCCCCUCGUCUACUUCAGCUACUACAACUUUUGAACCGUCCUCCAUCUCCUCACCUGUCUUUCCCUCUUUGUUACUGACUGGAUGGGGUGGAGUCACAUCUCUGAUGUAGGACAGCGUCUUAGAGGGACAUGAGACCAUAGUCUACCUACACACAUCCAAAACCAACUUUUAUUUAUUGAUUUUUUUGACACCAAAUUUACCGAUACGGGCAAAAAGACGUCGGUUAUUGACGUAAAUUUUGGUAUCGGUAAAUUCUUGGUUUAUCACUCAGCCCUAGAAUUGAGUAUAAAAGUGACUCAAUCUUUUUGUGAAUAAUGUUAAAAUCAGAACUAUUAUCAUCAGACAGAGAGACUUUGAUAUGAAGGCCUGGCUCUCGCAUCAUAAAAACUUUUGUGACCUUCUGUAGUAAAAGUGAAUAAAAGACCUGAACUAUAUUUGAGGAUUUAAGCGAAGUUUUUGUCAAGUUAAAAGUUUUUAUUUGUUGUUCUCUGGUUUCUUAAGGCGUCUUUGCACACUAUCUUUCUAUCACUUUUAAAUAAAGUUUAAAAAAAAGUCCCAUCAGAUUUAAGUACAAACAUUAAUCAUGAGAUUUUAUUAAAAAUAUCAACAGAUUGGAGUGAAAACUUAUUUGAAAUGAGGUCUUUUAACCAGAAUGCUGGAAGGAUUGAUCUCCAGAUGCAAACAGAUUUAGUGACUGAAAGUGUUUGUAGUGUAGUGUUGGAAACAGUCACAGUUUCCUCCUCGUGUCUUUUUAUUUAUCGUUCUUAAACUUCCUCACAAUCCGAGUCUGUCUUAUUACUAAAGCUCUGCUCUUAAAACACGAAUACCGAGCAGCAGCUGCGGCGAAUUACCGCGUUUGUCAUUUUGAGGUCAUGUUAACGAUUUCAGCCACCAGCUAUUUUUAGCUCUACAAGAGAACAGAUGCAUUUUUCAUCUCCAGAACUAUUUAUUUUUUAUCACUGCUUCUUUGUGUGUGUGUGUGUGUGUGUGUGUGUGUGUGUGUGUGUGUGUGUGUGUGUGUGUGUGUGUGUGUGUGUGUGUGUGUGUGUGUGUGUGUGUGUGUGUGUGUGUGUGUGUGUGUGUGUGUGGGAAUGAUUGGCGUCGCAUACAAAGGAAAGUUCACAGCGUCUCCCUGUAAUGAAAAGAGAGUUUGUUUUUGCUUCAUUGUUUGAGGAGAAGUUGACAUAUCCUUCAGAAGAAAAAAAGAACUUUUUAAUCAACCUAAUCUUUUUAUUUCUAAAGGAUGAAUUAAACUUUUUUUUUUUUUAACAGCUAACUGUUUAUUAUCAAAGCUCAAAAUCGCUCUGUAGCAAUCUGUCAAUCUUUUAACUCGCCCUUCAAAACACUCUUUACAUUCCUGCGUCUCUCAUUUUUAUGACUCUGAAAUCUGUCGCUGUCACUAAUACUCGACUCUUGUCUUUGUUUUCAGAGAGUCGGCUUCGGGACAGACGGACUACGAUCCUUCCAGGUCCAAGUACCACCCUGUUGAUCAUGCCUGCUGGAAGCAGGGCCAAAAGUAAGUUCGGGUCACUCUGACGCUGCAAACUCGCUUUACAGCACAUUCACGGGUCACAUGAGAUCACAUGAGGGCUAAAAGCGGUUGGGAAUUGUUACGUACGAUUAGGGUUGCAAAGGGGCGGAAAAUUUCUGGUAAAUUUCCAGAAACUUUUCAUGGGAAGUUGAGCUGGGGAAUUUUGUAAAUAUUCCAAAUUGGAAACUUUCCAUGGGAAUUAUGGGAAUUAACUGGAAAUUGGGGGUGAUUUAAACAACCAGCUUAAACACAUAAAACACAUAAAGUAAAGUAGGAAUAAAACACACAGAGCAUAUGGAAAGACAAGCAGCGUACAUAAACUUAAACGACGUACAGUCCAAAAAUAAGACGGGCCACGAGUUGGGUUACCAUGGUAACUAUACACGGUGAAUAACAAAAGUACCCGAGUGCAAAUUGAAGUGCAAAAUGCUUAAGUGUCCUCUUCAUCUUACACAGAAAUAUAAAGUUUCACAUUUUUCACAUUACCAUGCUGGAUAUAAUAUUGCAUGGUUGGACAUGCACAGGAGUGAGUAGAUACUGCGUCAGAAAAAGCAUAGACAUAGAUGUCUCAUGUACGCACUAAUUCACAGUAGAAGAACUCGUGGAUAUCAGACCACAAGUAACCAUCAUAGAGGGUUUGUGUGAGUUGGUGGUACCUCACAAAUAUCAAGUUUGAGCAGGUUCCAGAAGAUCGUAGAAAGAGCUACACGUCUGCAUCAAAUCUGCACAUUGCUGAUCUUCUGAUUUUGGGUUAAAUUUCUUCUGCUUUGUAAUCAGAUCAAAAAGAAAAAACCCUGAUUGUAGCUUUAUUGAUGAAAUAGUUCACCCUUUUUUCUGGUCCAAAUACCUGCUUGUCUGUUUAUUUUUUUAACCAUCGGUCCUUCAGAGGUCAUAAAUAUCUCAACAUGAUCAUCUGAUUUUUUUAUGUCACCUGUUUAACUCCCAGCCAAUAAAGAAGCACAAAUCAAAGCUGCUAAUGCACCUAUAAUUAAGAUUUCUGCACCUUAAACUUCUGGAAAUAGUCGCCAAGAUUCAUCAGAAAGUUUUUCAGCCGACUCCGACGUCAUUUUUCGUUCUAUUGGUUGUUUUUCUGAGUGACCAUCUCAAGCAGAGGCGAGAAACUGGCUGUAGUUAAAUUUUUCAGCCCAGAGAAGAGCUCUGACUCGGUGAUGGAGAGUCAUGGAAAAAUUAUGGAAUUUUUCAUCAAGGUCACGGUGCGAGACACGCCGCGUACACUCGGGUCAACUACCCAGCACUGGCUGCCGUGUUUUCUGCCGCGUCUUUAAUAUUUGAGCAGGAGCUCGCUGCUGAAGCGACACGUCACUCACAGAGGGGUUUCCGCGUCUGAGGACCAAACAAGAGCAGAAUCAACGCCGCUAAGUAGCAAGAUUUCCUCUGGAUAAGAAACCCCAUCUGCUCCUGCAGACAGAGGCUGAAAUAAACGAAUACAGAAAGUUAUUAAGUGGUUAUCUUCGACUUUCUAAGCCCUUGAGAUUUAUUUUACUCACACAAUUUAAGCUCCGCAGGAUUUUUUUGCUUUGAAAAAAAACAACACUGUUGGUUUCCACCUCUGUGUCGAGCAGAAUCGUUUUAAUUUUUUGCAUUUCAAACAUUUUAAUGACGCCGUCUCGCCGCCAAGGCCGCUCUGACCUCUGUCCCCCUAACAGCGGCUUUCAUGCAGGUUUUGAUUACCCUGAAUCGGAGCUCUCUCUCUCUCCACUGUCACACUAAUUGCUAGUUGCUCCAGCAGCUGAGUCAGCGUAACUCUGUGAGUGUAAAAUCUGUCAGUGUGGAUGCUUCGCCGCCUAACUACAUGCUCAUCACCCUCCAGAGUACCAUACUUGGCGGUGGCGCGCACCUUCGAGAAGAUUGAAGAGGACUCUGGCAGGUAAGCGCUCCAUAUGGAGGGUAAGGAUGUUUAUUUAACUCCAGAUUGACAUAAAAAAACAGUGUGGGGAGGAAAAGUGAUCCCUGCUCUGUUUGAGAGAUAAAAUAUAUUUCAAAGCAUUUUAACAAAAUUACCGUUCAAGCGCCCUGCUGGGAAUUUCUGGAGCAUAAUUAGAGACGCCUGUUCCAGCCAGAGAAAGUGAGGAAAUUGGAUUAAUUUCCUGCGGAGGGCAGGGAACAUGAAGAAAUUCUACAAUUAGGUCACUUUCGAGGAAUCACCGAGAUUUUAACUAGUUUUUUUUCAGUUCUCUCACACUUUGGCUUCAUUUAAUGGGCGGUUUUAUUCUUUUGAUUCUCUGCAGCUCUGUCAGAAACUUUGCUCGUGACUUAUUUUAAAGAAAGAGACUCCAAACCAGAAAGAGAGUUUUUGGAGACGUCUGUGCGAGUUUGGGAGAUUUGGAAAGAGUUUAAAAACAGAAUUUGAUGGUUUAUAAAUCAGAUAAACACAAUUUGAUGCAAAAAAAAAGGUUUAUGGAAGUAUUUUUGAUGCUUCUGUUCAGAGGAGAGGAUGUGUUGUCCACGAUUUCUAAGAAAAAAGCCAAAUGUUGAUUUUUCAGACCAGAGAAGUCACCAAUAUUUUGGUUUGAAUCAUGUCUAAAUCCGGUUUCAUCUUUGCAUGAUACAGUUUAAACCUGCAUUUGUGGAUAGUCUGUGAUUUUUGAGCCCAUGCAGUGAUUCCCACGACCGAGUCCUGACUGUUUUUAAAGCUGUAAGACCUGAAGAUCACUCUUGUGCGCUCCUAGUUUUUGGUUUUUGUCUUUGAUGAUUUCUCUAAAUCUCUCAGUGCAGAUGGUGAAUUUUUAAGUCUUUGCAGUAGGGCUGGGCGAUACGGCCUCAAAUCAAUAUCCCGAUAUAUUGAGCAGUUCACCUCGAUAACGAUAAAUAGAUGAUUAACUACUCCACAAGCUGCUCACCCCCUCCCACAUUAACUUCGUCUACUUCAGCCGCUACAACUUUUGAACCGUCCUCCAUCUCCUCACCUGUCUUUCCCUCUUUGUUACGGACUGGAUGGGGUGGAGUCACGUCUCUGAUGUAGGACAGAGUCUUAAAGGGACAUGAGACCUUAACCUACCUACACACAUCCAAAACCAAGUUUUAAUUGUUUAUUUAUUUUUAAAGACGUCAGUUAUUGUCGUAAAUUUCGGUAUCAGUAAAUUUUCAGUUUAUCGCCCAGCCCUACUUUACAUUUUUACACUGAAGAACAUUAUUCUAAGAGUUUCAGUUUCUACAUUUGACUUGUUUUUUCUUUGCACUUUUUAAAGUCAAACACAGAGUCUCUUUAAAUUCUUUCUUCUCUUCUCUAAUUGGAGUUGUACGUAUAAAAGUCAGUUUCAGGACUCGUUAUCGUAAAUUUUCAAAGAAAGUCUUUUCAGUCUGGUACCGACAAACCAAAAUCACCUUUACAAACUUUCUUUUAACUUUUAAGGAUAUUAAAGAAGAGCAAACACGGCAGUAAUAACUCGUAUUUCCUCCGACCACUUCCACUUGAUGUAUAGCGUUUGCUAAAAGAAGAGUUCAUCUGCCUCCAUUUCCGAUUAAAACCUCCAGACAAAUCUCAUUUCCCGCCUCCCGGUAUUUACAGGAUGGCUUUAAAAUUCGUUUAACUCUUCCUCCUUGUCUCAAAGCAAUCCCGUUGUCAUUUCCCAGGCUGAGGAACAUCGAGACGCUGUCGAACCUGUUUCGCUCUGUGCUGCUGCUCUCUCCAGGUAAAUGGUAUUUUAUCUCUCCCAUAAUGCAUGCUGAUGUAGCUACACAGGCAGCUGGCUGCCAGCCACUCUAUCAAGGAGAUGAUGAUGAAGCCAGGCUGCACAUAAAAGUGGGAGGAUGAGUCACUUCAUUGAUGUGUGUGUGUGUGUCCGUGUGUGUGUGAGAGAGUAUGCACAUUUGUUGAUCUGUGUAUAAGCAUGUAGCGGAGGGAUUUCAGAGACACGUGUGUGUGUAUGUGUGUGUGUGUGUGUGUUUAUGUUCAGCCUUUCUCUGGCUGGAGUUUGUGAGCGUGUGUGGCCAUCUUUGAGUGUGUGUCUGUGGAGAGUGUGUGUUUGUGUGUGUCUGUGCGGUAAAUGUCUUUUCAUGUGUUCAGUUUCAGUCGUCCAAAUAUUCUCGGUUGUGUGUGUUUGUGUGGUGGUUUUCUGGUUUUCUGGUUUCUGUUUUUGUGUGUUUUCACUCGGUUUUCAUAUAUUUUGUGUGCGUGUCUAUGCAUGUGUGUGUUUCUGUCCGUCUGUUUUGUGUUUGAUUAGUGUCUUCUUAUCUUUGGUGCGUCUGUUGUAUAGCUUUCUAUUUUUAUGUCUUUCUCUUUGGCGUUUGUUUUUUUCUGUUUCUAUUUUUCUGAUCUGCUUUUGCGUUUAUUGUUCUUAAGAGAUUUCCCUCAAUACCGUUUCUUUUUCCUGUAAAUCAGAUCUGAAACAUGUGUUGGCUGUUGAUUUUUUUAAUUCAUGUUUAUGUCAGACAAACACAAAUGAACACUUGUUACCUCGUUGCAGUUACACUGAUAAGAGAAACAACAUAUGUGCAUUUAUCAGUAUCUGCCCAGUCUUUUUUUCCCCCCUUACAAACAGCAACAACAACAAAAAAUAAAUGCAGUGGAGCAACAAUUUACAAAACAAACCAGACCUACAACACAAAACAAAAUAAAGCAAAACAAAACACCCUAGAUAGUCUACGUACUGUACCGAAAACAGAAAAAAAGAGGACUCGAGCACAAACCAGUCUUACUGUAACUAUAUGUCAACAUCACAACCAGAGGGGAGAAACAUUCAUAUUCUGUGUAAUAAAUCUCUAAAGUCUCUAAAUAAAUCUCCACAGCUCCAUAGGGAUUGCUGGAGGAGGCGGGAUUUAUGACCCAUACAGCAGCCCGUCACCAGAGGGUGCUGUUCUCGCGGUGGCUUUACUCAGCGAGGAGGCAGACAGCGUCCAUUCUAUACACAGUCCAUGAUCAAUACUCAAGUAUACAGCAGACAAGAUAAACAAACACACUUUAUCCACCAGGGGGCGCCAGAUUCAACACAAAUCCAAAGUUCCUCACAGGAGCUUUAAAUAGGGCAGAUUAACUAUGGACAGCAAGAAUCAUAAUCAAUCCUUAAAAUUUAAGAGUUUUAACUUUGAUUUGAUAAUAAUAAUAAUAAUAAUAAUAAUACUAACCUCUGAGCUCUUUCUUUAGUUACAGUCAAUCACAGGUGUCAGAUCCAACAUCACUCACCUUCAUACUUCAACAUUUAGGCUGAUAUCUUAUUUUCUGAUGGAUUAGUGUCACUGUUUAUCUCAGCAGUCGUCAGCAUGGUAACUCUCGUGCACACUCUUGAUCACUACAGGGUCUCUCUUGUCACGCUCACUCCGUCCCUUUGCUUUUCAGACACACAAACACACACUCACACAUAAUACAACCACAGAUAUGGGAUUGUAAUGAAACUGUGCAGGAUUUUGUUUUCGAGCCCAAAUAUUCCCCCUGUUUUUUUUUUUUACAUUUUGUUAAUCACAGAUGGCCGGACAUGAAUCCAAAAGUCUCUUGUGGCGACAUUUUUAUUGAGCCAACACCGAUUAUUUAACAAAAAUCUCACUCAAACAGUAAUUUUGUUUCUCAUUUGUUAUUAAUUCAUUUUAGUUUUUGAUCAAACGCAAAAAAAUCCCGAUAAUUAAAGUGAUUUUAAUGACCUGCUCUGUAAUUAUCAGCUUCGUCAUCAGCUGGUGUCGAGUUGAUAUUAGUCGACCCUCAGUCUGUGUGUGUGUCAGACAUGCUCAAGUGCUCUGUGUAAUAAAUGAAGUGUUUAUGUCUGUCUGUGUGUGUGUGUCUGUGUGUGUGUGUGUUACUUUUCCCAGAUGACCUGCUGUGCUGUGUGUACCUGUGUCUGAACCAGCUGGGUCCCGCUCACCUGGGGAUGGAGCUCGGCGUUGGAGAGACGGUGCUGAUGAAAGCUGUUGCUCAAGCGACCGGUAAUCGUCUUGCACACAUUAACCAACACAACCGCGCACUGUUGCACCCAAACACCCGCCUGUGCAUUCCCUGCCUAACGGCUAAUUCCAGCCUCCUUAGCUCAUCAACCAGCGACGUGGUUGCCAUUUACGGCCUCGCUUUUGUUUCCAGGGCGACAAUUGGACAAAAUCAAGGCAGAGGCGCAGGAGAAAGGAGAUCUGGGCCUCGUGGCCGAGAGUUCCCGUAGCAACCAGCGUAUGAUGUUCCAACCGGCCAGCCUGACAGCAGGGGGCGUGUUCAGAAAAUUGAAGGAAAUUGCCAGCAUGAGUGGGAACUCGGUGAGCCAGAGAAUAACAUUUUCAUUUGGGGAAAGCAGUCCUGGGAAAAUAUUGUUUUCACUCGAUUUGCCUCCCAGCGCAGAGGUCAGGGAGGGAAAAAGGGAGGAAAUGUUAAUGUGUUUGUAUGUCGAAGAGAAGAAGAGAAGAGUGUUAUUUGUUUGUCCGCUUCAAAGGCAAAUUUUCAGCCUGCGAAUCAAGUCCUCACCCGGCUGGAAUCUCUGAAGCAAUUAGUUCAGAAUUCAUCCCCGCUGUUACAGUGUCUUGUUAUUUUAUUUUCACUGUUUUUUUCUCUCUCUGGUUCGAACAAGGAGUUUGUACUCGCUGGUGACCUCAGUCUUUUUGCAUUCUGUCUCCUCUCGCUCGUCUUCGGUGAAUCUCAAUUUCCUGCCGCCCGCCUCAGGCCAUGAAUAAGAAAAUCGACAUCAUCAAAGGCCUCUUUGUGGCAUGCCGCUUUUCUGAGGCUCGCUACAUCGUCAGGUAAAAUAACACUCGCUCGCACACACACAUGGACACACAUGCCUGCAUGUUCACGGACGCAGAAAUACUGCAGAGUGUUCUCACCUCCUUUUCUGUCUCGCUCUGUGGACGGUCGGCGUGAACAGCCGUCUGAAGCUUACAGUGUUUGGCUUUUGAUUGACAGGUCCCUGGCUGGAAAGCUGAGGAUCGGACUGGCUGAGCAGAGUGUCCUUUCAGCUCUGAGCCAGGCUGUGUGUCUGACCCCCCCUGGACAAGGUAAUCUUCACAUUUCCACCAGGAGGUUCACAAAUAUAUUCAUAUAUUUGAACACACGCAUACAUUCAUGAUCACAUCUGUUGUUGCCGUGUUUAAACUCGGAUCAGAUUAGAGCUGACAGGCUCCUCACACACCGCUAAACUGUCCUUGAAUUAACUCGAGUAUAUUUCUGCAUUUGGAUGUGCAUUGCACUGAUGCACUGAGGUCCGUGUACUUGGCAGCCAUCGAAUUUUUGUUUUCAAAUGAAAUAAUGAGACAAGCAAAUCCGUGUAUAAAUCAUUCAUUAAUCAUAUUUCUAAAUAAAACCGAAAAUGAAAAAAAAAAACGAGAAAACAAAUUGUUUUCUAAAUAUUCAGGAGACGAGCUGUCUUCAGACGACCAGCAAGGAAUCAGUUUGUUUUUCAUUUUUCGUUUUGAUCAUCAAAAUUGGAGAAUAAAAAAACAACUCCGUAUUUGACUUUCUGUGAUGUGGCUUUAAGUGGAAAUCGAAGAUCAAAAUACGUGCACGGAAAUCUUGUGUUUGGAGUUUUAUUCACUAUUUUGUUGUGACUUGAAGCGAGACUUUGGCUCUCAGUAGCACAGAUAUAUAGAUAGGUAGAAGACUAGAUACGCCAGCGCGCUGUAGCAGCCCCCUGAGUGACGUACCUACGUGGGAGCCAUCUUGGCGGGAGCAACGUUCUCGCUCCAAACUCUCAAGUCACAACAAAAAAGUGAGUGAAACUUGAAACACGAUUUCUUUGCACAUAUUUUUACCUUGGAUUUAAAUUUAAAGCCACAUCACAGGAAGUCAAAUACUGAGUUGUUUUUUCACUCUACGAUUUUUAUGAUCAAAACAUUUUUCGUCUCAAGAUUCAUUACUGGUCGUCUGGAGUUUUUUUCUUUUUCGUUUUUUCAUUUAAUAACGGAAAUCCGUUGGCCGCCAAUCACACAGACCCUCUGAUUUGAACUUCCACAAUCUGUCUGUCCUGAGAUGUUUUCACGAUUGUCGUUAAAGCAAGAUAUCAACACUGAGGAUGAAUGUUGGUUAUUCGUCUGUUUUUCUUCUCUUUCGACGAGAAAGGAUGGAAAUAAAAUCUGCGGAUCAUUUUCUCGGCGAGCUUAGACAAAGGAGAUAUUGAGUCAAACACGCGGACAUAUUGGCAGCUACCACGGAUGUAUCGGUUUGAUAUCAGACGUCAGACUGAUUUAGUUUAAUCAUCAAACAUGUGCGAUGUGGGAAUAUAACACAGAGUCUGAGGAAGAUGAACAUGUUUUCAAAGACGAGGCGAGUUUAUUUAUGAAACAUGACGAGGCGUCAUCACAAAGGUCAGAAAACAUCGAGAGAUAAUUAUUUCUCACAUGAAUAAAGUUCAGUCUUUUAAAACUGUUAUUUAGUUCAGUUAUUCACUCUUUCCGUUUGUAUCCAACCUUUAUCAUCUUAAUAAAAUGAUAUAUAUGAAUAACAGCAAAACAAUUUGUGAUUAAUUUCGGAGCCUGCCUGAAUUGUAUGAAGAGGCAAAGAUAGAUGUAGAGUUGUCGUUUUCACAAGCUCAAUAAAUGACAAUCAGGACGCAAAGACGUAUUCAUCAGAAGGGGUUGUGAUUACGUCCUCUCAUUAUAUCGAUCUGGGAUAGAAAAUGAAAGGCUUUGUUCGGCUCAAACUGAUGAAAACACAAGAACUUUGUUGAUUUUUUUUCUGCCGUUUCUCUUCUCAGCUUCCUCACUUUACUCAAAGUUUUCCGACUUUUUUAUCUUCAGGUUGUAUUAAUGAAGCGGCGGUGUACCUUGUGAUGUGAUGGAAUUAUCGUGUCAUAAAAUUAAAACUAAAAGAAAACCCACUCGGGAGGUCACACUCGGAGGUGAGACAGGUUGGGUGUCGGAGCAGGUUAAAAUUAGUUUUAUUUUUAGAGCGCUUGUUAGAAGAGAGCGAUAAAAUAUUCUGUCGUCACAGGAAUAGUUGUAGAUGAAAUCUCGAACAUCAAACGUUGAAUUUAAGCCGAUAUGCGACUUCUUCACAAACGUGUUUAAAAACAAACCCGUGAGGAACCGACACCUCGAUCCUUCAAAGUUCUGACAGUUCGUCUCUCACCAGCUGCUUUCAGCACCUAUCAGACCUGCUGUCGCCGAACACAUCUUACACCUAAUUAAACAAACCCCUUCCUGGCUUUAUUAGUAUUCCUACCUUCCUCAUGACUGGGAGGUAUGCUUUGAUAAGUCUCAAUUAGAGCGGGGGGCUCUGCGGGGGAAUCUGCAUUAAUCUGUGGCCAGGUAUGGUAAUGUUUUCCCGAACAUUUUUAUUUAUUUAUUUAACCAUUAUUUAAUCAGGCGGGUCAACUCAGAGCAAAUUCUGUCUUGAGCGGGAGGUCGGUCAUUGCGAUGAAUUAUUCAGGAUGAUGAAUUAGUAUUCAGUAAUAUUUCAGAAAUGGAGAUGGUAAUUAUUAAUGUCUAACCAGCGAACAAAAUAGUCGUGGAGCUUAUUCUCUCAGCCGCACUGAGAACUUGAAUUUUCCCGAUGUAAAAACAAUAUAUAUCUUGUUUUCUAAGGUUAUAUUCAUCUUAAAUAAUUUUACUUGUUUUACCAAUAAUUGGUACUUUUUUAUUUAUUAUCUUUUGUAUUUUUAUCCUUUUAAACUGUUCAAGCUCUAUUUAUUUUCCAGGUUUUAGUUUUAACUCCAGUUUUUCCUUAAGGGGGGUCCUCCACACUGGGAGCUGUCCCCGGGUCCCUGUUGUCUGUCAGGGUCAGGGGGUUCUGGGUGCUGGUGCCCCCUGUGGCACAGACUCCUCCCAGUGUGGAGGACCCCAAAGAUGGCGCUUCCUGAAUUCUCAGUGUCAUGCCAUGUCUCCCUAUUGUCACUAAAAUAUUUUAUUUUAUUUUUCCAAUAAUAUAUUUUUGAUCAUACAGACAGCAUCACUCAUACAUGCAAAAAAAAAGAAAAGUAUUUUUUUGAUUGCUCUUGGGGGCCCCCUACUGGCCGCGGGUCCCUAAGCAGGUGCUUAGGUUGCUUAUGCCUUGGGCCGGCUCUGCGCUAACCCGCUCAGCCAUCUGCGCGCCCCUACGUUUUUAUUUUUACCAUGUGUGUUUAGCACUUUGUGUUGUAUGUUCUAACAUCUAUAAAUAAAUAAACCAAAAAACUGAGCUGUAAAUAAGUCCCCGCGCUGUUUAAAUAAGUCGUGUAUGUUUCCCUCCUUUUGAAGUCCUUGAACUCUCAUCCGACUCGAUGUGUCACACAAAUGUUCAAACGCUUACGCAGAUCUGUUUGAAAUGCUUUUUUUUCUUUUCUCAAAACUCCGACUUUUGCCUCGUAGCUUUUCCUCCCGCUGUGAUCGACGCCGGGAAGGGGAUGAGCGCAGAGAGCAGGCGGGCCUGGAUCGAAGAGAAGAGUCUCAUUCUCAAACAGACUUACUGGUAACUGAAUCCUAACACCCCCUUCGUCUCCCCCCCUCCUCCUCCUCAUCCUCCUGACUCCCUUUGAACCACUUUGCAGUCUCUCCUCGACUCCUCUACGAUGCCUCACCCCCCCUUAAGCUCCGUCCCUCAUUCUCACUCACUCAUUGUUCUCACUUUCGUUUUGGACCGUAUUGAUUCUCCUGGUUGUUUUUCUUCCCGAACACCCCGCCUCAUCUCCCCGCUUUCUCCCUUUGCAGCGAGAUGCCCAAUUACGACGUCCUUAUCCCCGUUCUCCUAAAAGAGGGCAUAGACGAGCUACCCAAUCACUGCAAGCUCACUCCAGGUAAGCAGCCAAUCAGGGCGCAGGGAGGCUAUAAGUUCCCAAACUGCGGCUGGUGUGUGUUUUAUCGAUCCCCUCCGUGGAGGUGAGUCAGUUAUUUUGGUUGAGUCAUUUAUCACUGAAGAUAAAAGAUACCUCUAAACUAAGGAUUAGCUCCCAAUUACACUCUUGUCAAGCUAUUUGUGAUAAGGAGCCUUGGCACCAAAGUAGGAAAUUAAUACCAGCCGCCAUCUGAAUGCUACUAAAUCGGGAAAGUAAAUUGGCCCUUGUUGGUCAGUUAGACAAAUCUAGCAGCUAUUUUGGCAGCUUAACAAUUGUUUUUGUGCACAGAGAGGGAUGUUCUGUUCCUAAAUGUAAAAACAAGAAGAGCCGGUCUGCUUUUUCAGAGAGCACCAGCCAGUUUUGGACAGAGAGCGUCUGUCCUCCCAUGUCUGGCUCCAUGCUCUGUAAGCUGCAAUUAAAGCAAUUUGUUUGGUAUAUUCCAUUAUAACACUCCUCUGCUUCUUUUUAAGCUUAACUUAGCAGCGGAGCCCAAGGGGAUUGUUAGUCAGAAGACUUUCAUAUUACGGCCAAAUGAGACUACAAACAAACUCAUUUUCGACUCUGGUUUUGUCACAGAAAAACUGUUGUGGGUGUUGGGCUGAUGUGUCAUGUGGGAAUGUGUCAUUGAAACUAAUUUUUCCUCCUAACGCUUAAACAUACAUAUAUAUAUAUAUUUUUUUCUCACGCUGAUCCAAGAAUUGCCUCACUCUCACUCUCACGACCUCCAGGCCUGUUAGCGCCUUUCCUGCUCGAGAGAAACUUCUCACAAUUAGCGUCGCGACUGUUAAAUAUUCAUUAAAAAUGCAUGGCUUCGUGUUCUUACAUGUGGUUGCCACGGUGAUAACUUCCUUGAUUUACUCUUUUUCUUUUUUUCUCUGCAAGGAGUGCCGCUAAGACCCAUGCUGGCUCACCCCACAAAGGGCGUGGGCGAGGUGAUGAAGAGGUUCGACGAGGCGGCGUUCACCUGCGAGUACAAAUACGACGGCGAGCGUGCGCAGGUAUGUGUGUGUGUGUUUAUAUGUGUGUAUUUUGGUGGCAAAGUGACAGAGCAACUGUUUGUUUUUCUUGCGUUUGGCGCCGAACAUAUGCCAGCUGAAUUUCGUUUGCAUAUACCUUUCGGCUGUGUUCUUUCAGCGUGAGGUAUUGCCACCUUGUGACUCCUGCUGCGUGGAUAUUUUAGUAUCCUGUGUGAGUGUGUGUGCGUGUGCGCCUGUGCCUAUUUUUUUUUAAAGAUAAACAGUGUUGCUGCUUCUGCCCUGGGCCUCUAAGCAGAGCAAGCUACUUCUGCCAUUGUGAACCAGAGAGAAGGAGAGGUGAGGAGAGAGAGGCGAGAAACAUAAAAGAGAGAGAGAGAGAGAGGAACUUAAAGACACAACGGGAGCCGGCGGAGGGGCUGGGGAAAUUUAGUUAGAGAGGGAGACAUAAAGAGACACAGCAAGCGAGAGACUGUAAUGUAAACCCCUCCAGCUGUAUUGUUAAUUUUGGACAGUCAUGCCAAUAAAGUGCCUUUGAACUGAGUUGAAUUGAGAAGAAGGAAGAUGAGCAAAGAGAGAAAUACAAGGAGAGAGAAAGAGAGAGAGACCCAUGACGUCCUCCUCCUCCCUCCCUUUCUCUUUCUCUUUGCUGUCACUGCAGUGGACUUUACCUCCGACAACCAGCAGGGGGACUCUUGGCACGCCGUUCUGCCAAACAUCCCCCCCUGUGAGUGUGCGUGUGUGUGUGUUCAGUUUUGUGAAUAACCGAGAGAGAGUGUGUGUGUGUGUGUGUGUGUGUGUGUGUGCAAGUGUGCCGAGCGAUGAAUCAAAAUAAGUGCAGAUAUAUUCAUUGGGGGUUUUGAGUCUCAUCUAGUCAUCGGGGUGAGUGAUGGUGUGUUUUCUUUGUACUUUAUGAGUUUAUUUAUCAGACGAACUCCUUUUUUUAUUUUAAAACAAAUCCAACAUAGUGGGAAAAAAUGUACUGCUCUUCCUCAAAUGUAGUCAAACAACAUAUCCAGAAAGGUUAAUCUUAUCGCAAGAGUUUCUUCAAAGUUUGGUAGAAUAUUGAUAAAAACAGAGUUUGGAGGUUUGCUCCUCAUUUUGAACACAAUAUUUGAUUUAAAAUGGUGCAAAUAGAGUUUAAGGAAACAUUUGAGAUCCGUGUCAGAAACAGGGUGACAAAAGACUGGAUACAGUUUUGUCUGGAGGAACAUCUACCAGAUAAUUAUGUGAAUUUGCAACAGGUUUGCAACAUGACUAGGUAUAAAAAAGAUGAUUCAAGUGAGGCUGAGGUUUAUACUUACUUGGUUAUUUUUAAAAGCGGAGACAUUAACCAUCGUUUGCACCCUUCGUGUAGACCUAAACAAAGAAAUCUCCCCUGAAAAUGCUGUUUUUUUAAAAACUCCGGGUAGAGUGGAGAUUUUGGAAAACGCCGUUAGUUGCAUUUGCAUGUAAACGGAGAAGAAAGGGAUGUGUUGUUGUUGUUGCUGCUAUGCGGGAUUCUGAUUAGCUAACGUGAGCUUGAGUUUCUUGCUACACUGCCACCUCCAGGUUUGGCAUGCUCUUGACGGCAAAUAUACACGGGUUAGCGUCAACGAAAACUUAUCUGAAAAUGUAGUGGUGUGCAAACGUAGUCUGAGUGUCUGUGAGAGACUGCGUGAGCAAAUAGUUGAACAGUUUCAGAGUAAAUCCCCGAACCAAGCGCUGCAUCAAAAAAAAACACGACUCUGUAGUAGAAGUCACUGCAUGGUCUCAAAACCGAUUUUAUGAAACAGUUUGUUCCUGCAAUCAUGAAUCCAGGUCCAAGCUCAGAUAGACUGAAGUGAACUAGGAAACGUUUCGAAAUCUUGAACUCCACAUCCUCCAGUUUAAAGACCACCCUGAUGGUACGAGGAUCCAUAAGUGCCCAUGAUCUGGGUAGCUCACACAUCUGGGUCGGCUCUGUUAACACUGAACAAUUUCUGUAGGUUUUGGAUGGAAAUAUGCCGCCAUCCAGACAAUGCCUUUUUCAUGGAAAGCUUUGCAUAUUUCAGCGAGACAAUACCAAACCACAUUCUGCAUGUGUAACAACAGCAUGGCUUCGAAAUAAACAGUCUUUGCCUGCUGUCCCGACUUGUCACCGACUGAAAACAUUUGGCGCAUCAUGAAAUGACAAAGGAGAGCUUGAACUGAGCCGCUGAAAUUCUAUUUUAGGAUUCUCCAGAAACGAGAAGUCUGGGUCUCCAAACGUUGAGUAAUGAUACAAAAUAAGCAUUAAUUUUUCAUGGAAUUUCAAAGUAAAGCUUUAUAAGUGAACACUGUCGCCCAAACUCUGAGUCAGGAUGUGAAAAACUUGCAAACAUACCAAGAUAGCACAAACCUAAAGUAAAGAAAGAGGGGAUGUUACCUUCUACGAAUGCAGCAGGAGUUAAAGUGAGCUCAUACUGCCUUUGUAAAUAAACUGAAUGAUAACACUCAUGGGAUGGAUUUCAAUUAACGGUAUAUAAACAGGCAGGUCUACACAACCUUGCACCUGAAAAGGAAGGACGAAUAACAAUCUUUCAAGAGGCAAACUCAACAUGCUUUUCACCGGUUUAAAAAGGGAGAGAUUUCAGCGCGGUGUAAUGGCUCUACCUCUCACGGCUUUAUUUUUCUGCCUCCUUUAGACACUUUUUAAUUUUUUAUAGCACUUUUUUCAAAUCAAAGCUUAAUGUCUGGUAUUAUAACAGUCCUGGUGACCAGUGGACCUGUAUGACUCAGAAGUCUCUCCCUCCCACCAUGACCUUUAUGUUUGGUGCCGAGUAUUUUUACAGGAUGAGCCUCCCUUUUUCUCAGAUGUGCUAUAGACAUUAACCUGUGAGUGCGGUGUCAAAGCCUGUUGCAACAUAGCUAUUGAAAGGUUAAAACAAAAUACCCGCCAACCCUGUUGAAAGGUAGAAAGUGUUCCCAAAUGCAUGCUGCCAUUAGUCAUCUCAUCAUCUUUAAGGAUUUUUACCCCUCUGAUAGAUCUGUGAAACUCCCUGUGAUUUUAUCUUCUCACAGAAAAGUCAGAUUAGCCUCUUGAAUUCACACCUAAAGCACUGUCAGAGCCUUCUUCUAUAAUUGGCCUCCGAAUGCCUCAACUGAGAAAGGGGGCAGAGCACGAAAUCAAACCCAACAAACUCUGGCAAAGAAACGCACAACCAAAAAUCAAAGAGAUCCUUGUUUUCACAGGACUGUUUUUUUUCAGUGAUCCAUGUACAUCCCAAAGUCAAUAAUUGAUAAAACAUUACAAAUAACUAAAAUAUAUUACACCUGGGUUGGAUCUUACACUUUGUGUAUUUUCAGUUAUAAUCUGUGUAAAUAAUAGAAUUCCAGAAUUUGAGGGUACGUUAACAUUUAAUCUUCUUAAAGAGGACCUACAGGGUACUUUAUUUCUAUUAAAUCAACUGAAAGGGCAUCCAAAGAGCAGUUUGUUUACGUUGAAUUGAGUGGAAGGACAUCCAUUUAAAAUAGCCUUUUGUUUACACUUAACUAGGUGUAAACAAAGCGUCUGUAUUGGAUGCUCUUCCAUUUAUUUGAGUGGAAGGACAUCCAAAUGAAAAGCAUCUUGUUUACAUUUAUUUUAGUGGAAGGACAUCCAAAGAAGAGCACUUUGUUUACAUUUAAUUAGGUGAAAGGGCAUCCAGAAGAAAAGCACUUUGUUUACAUUUAACUAAGUAGAAUGACAUCCAAAAAAGAGCACUUUGUUUACAUUUAAUUGAGUGGAAGGACAUCCAAUGAAAAAGCACUUUGUUUACGUUCAAUUGAGUGAAAGGACAUCCAAUAAAAAAGCACUUUGUUUACAUUUUUUUGAGUGGGAGUGAAUCCAUAGUGCACUUUGUUUACAUUUCGUCCAGUCAGAGGGGACAUAAAGGGUACUUUGUUUACAUUUAACCAGGACAUCCAGAGGGCACAUUGCUUGAGUUUUAUACUUUCAAAAGCACCCAGGGAGCACCUUGUUUACAUUUACACAAAUGGAAAGGCAUCCGGAGUGUAUUUAGUUUACAUUUAAAUCAGUAGAGGAGCAUCCAGAGGGUACUACAUUUUAUCCAUUUGGAGGGCGCUUUGUUUUGGUUUUAUACGCUGAAAGGCAUCAAGAGAAUAUUCUGUUUUUAUUUUAUCCAUCACAAGGGGACUCAGGGGGCACUUUGUUUACAGUUCAUUCACAGGAAUUCAUCCAGAGAACACUUUUUUGACAUUUAAUUCAGUGGAAGGACAUCCAAAGAACUCUUUGUUUACAUUUAAUUCACCACAAAGGCGUUUAGAGGGUGCUUUGCUUGGGUGUAGUCACUGAAAGGUAUCUGCUCGUUGAAUUUUUACUUGUGAUAUUCAGUUCAGGGACACCAUAGAGAGAGUCUUAUGUUUUUCUGCUAUAAAGGCUUUUAAGCAGCUCUUACAUAUCAAUUACUUAGACAUAUUUAUUUAGGACACAGUUAUAAUUUGGUACUACAGCAUCAUGAUGGCUGCAGCCACUCUGAAAGCGUUUGUCAGUUAAUGUUAAAUAACAAAACACAAAGACUGCAGAAGUUUCUGCUGUUUGUGAAACGGUUGCGCCGCUGUGAGAAAUGCAGUGACUUCCUCAUACAUUAAAGAGUUCUGUGAAGUGUUGUCUGAGAAACGGCGUAAAAAUAGCACCGGCAUCAUAAGUCUGCAACAGCGAUUCACAGUCAGAGCGAGGCGCCCAGCAGGAGGGCGCGAAUUUUGGAUCUUGUUGGAACAGUUUCCUGUGACUUCUAUAAAGUGAUUUAGCUAAAAAUGGCCGUCCUUUUUAAAUAGGUGGCAGCUUGGUUGAUAGUUUCAUACUUAAUACACCAAUAACUCGCAAUGAACAUGAGAAAACUGUACUCACUGUCAUCACCAAUUACCCUUGUUCACCUCAUGCUGGUCUAAUUUCAACGUUUUUUUCUCCCACUGCUAGUUCACGUCAUGCAUUAAUAACAAACUCAUCCAUCAGAAUCAUCAGAUCUCUUAUUUUGUGAUGCUUUAUUUAUUUGUUGUUGUGUUUGUUUUCACUCUCCCUCAAGAUUCACAUCCUGGAGAACGGCGAGGUUCGAAUUUUCAGCCGCAACCAGGAAGACAACACCAGCAAAUACCCCGAUAUCAUCGCUCGCAUCCCUAAGGUAAAAACCCUUGAACACACCGAGAGACGCGGCUCGGCUCCUGGGAGACGGGAGCGAGUCUAUGUGCGAGCUGAGACCGCCAAACGAGGGCUUUUACAGCGGUGCGGAUAACAACUGCACGCAUUCAUCUCGCGCUCUCGCUUUCAUUUGCCUCCUUCUCUAAACCCGUCUUUCAUCCGUGCGCUUUCCAAACGCCCACGCCUCCUUUCUACCUUUUCUGUCUCUAUUUUAAACUCGUCUUUAAAGCACAUCAGUUCCUCUACUCGCCCUUAACUGUUCUUGUCUCCCUUCAUCAAGAGCCGUACAUUUCUUCUUCUUCUGCACUCUCUUAAAAACGGACGCUCUUAACCAGACUUGUCGAGAAACUUCAUCCCUCUUAGUGAUGUUAAAAACACCGGCGGGUUCGAUUGGAGCUGCAGCUGCGGGGUUGGCUGGCCAAAUUAGCGAGAUUUCUGCUUGCAUGGGGAGACAGAAAGAGAUCACCGCUACCUGAGGCUUUGGCAGUCGCCCCGGGGUUAUCUGAGCACGCUCGCUACCUCUGCGCCUGCUGAGUGUGUUUUUCAGCUUAAGUAAGGAACCGCAACCCAUUCCCCGCUCCCUCCAAUAUGGUUCAUUCUGACUUUGAGGCGAAGUACACAGGCAUUAUUGAAAAGCCGAUAAUAAGAGAAAGUCUCAUCAGGAGAACUAAUCAGGCCAAGUUAGUGAGUCUGAUGAAUUAGAGGAGUCAGGGAGCGAACUAACAAGCUUUUGUUCUUUAUCACCUGAGCUUUUUAGAGGAAUUAGGCUCAUUAUUCACUUUCAGAAAAGAAAACGGUCUGAUUCUCAAAAUUAAACCAGGAGAAAGUCGUCCCUUCAGCGCCUACAAGACAACAAACCACGUCUCAUGAGUUUUGAGUGAAAUUUUAUCAUCAAACUGAUUGAUGGCGACAGUUUAAACCGACAAAUUCACUAAUCUGUCGACAGUACCUUUGUUUCAAACUUUUCUGAGUUUUUAAAGUCGCUAAAUUUCACUCAAACCGAAUCGAAACGAGACGUCUCAUCGCUGCAUUUAAACACGAGGUGGUUUUACAUCAGUCUGCAUGAGUUUGUGGUUUAAUACAUGAAGUAAUGUGGGAUUGAGACACACUUCCCUUUCACACAUGGACCCCAGCUGAGCGGCGGUAGGUGCACAGAGGUGGCUGUGAGUAUUUCCCAUCGUCUGAUGUUACCUAGUGAUAAAACAGCUGACCUGCAGCCAUGACAGCUCUUCUCUUGCUAAACUUCCCCCCUAUGCUUGAAUAAAGACCAGAACAAAUGUGUGAAAACAAGGAGGUCACUCCACAGAUUCGCCUGGAAACAACCAUUGUUUUUUUUUUUUCCAUUCCUGUGGUCUGAACAGUCUAACUCGAACUUUCUGAGACCGUCACACAGGCCGCAUGUGUCCUUGUGAGGGCCGAUGCUGCUGGGACGCUGAUUUAGUCAGAGUGCCUGUAAUCAUCUGACUGAUAAAUCCGUCUUAAGUUUAGAUUUGUCUCUAAAUGGAGCUCUAACAGUAGAUUUAACGAUCGACUGAUGGCUUGAAGAAUGAAGAAACACUCCCAAACUGUCAAGGAAACUUUUCUGCUUUCCUCUCAGACGUGUUUUUGCUGCAUUUGUCUUCGUACUCUGCUGUAAAGGUUGCUCGUCUUCUGCUGCAGCUCCUGCAUUUAGAUUAAUCUAAUCGUAGCGUCUGUAGCUCUUCACGAUCAGACUGACUGUUGUCUUGUCUUUGUCUGGUUCCUCCUUGUUUAUUGUAAUUUCUUGACUUUUGUUCUCUCUCUUGGGAAGCUCAACAAUUUCUUGAAGUUUAAAAAAACAAAGAACUCUUUCCCAAAGAGCAGCAGCUUGUUAAUCAUGAAGUUAAAAGUUAAAUCUGUGUGUCAGCUUUGUUUAAUACGAGAUUGGUAUUCUUAAGACCUAAAGAAGACUCUCGAAGGUGUUUGGCCCCUUUUCUAUCAGUAUAUGCAGUUUAAAGUGGUUUGAAGUGGGCGCUGAUUUAAGUCUACCUUUCGCUGCACGUCUCUCCUUACUCUCUUCAGCUAUGACGAGCAAAAAAAAGAAAACCUUUAAGAUUAAAGCUAUAAUUUUUACGACUGAGUCUAAUCACUAAUCUGCUGCUAUAAGUUACCGCUCAGGCCUGGCAGGCAUCUGCAGUGACAGCCGGCUUUCCAGUUCAGUCUGCACAAUAAAUCACCAUUUUAGCUGAGUGCACUAUGAGCAUUCACUCCAAACGCACCCCGAGAGUUUAUUGCAAUGAAAAAGAGAAAUUAUAUCGCAUAACGAGACAUGCCUCCACCGACUGUGAGAGCAGAUUUGUAUUUUUUUACAUGCACCACAAACAGGAAGUUAUGUAGGGAACUAAAACCACAUAGGAGUCACAUCUCAAUCAGUUCGUUUCAUCGUCUUUUCCAAAUAUUAGUCGCUGCUUUCAUUUCUAGAUAAUGUCCACUCCUCAUCUGUGUUUUUCUGUGGUCCUAGUAUAAUACACUGUUUUCCAGAACGUAAGUGUUUUUGGCCUUUUUGAAUGGGAGUGACCUGCAUCUAAAUAAACAGACGCAGUUUCCUCGUUUGGGAAACUCAUGAAUAAACUGAACUGAGCUCUGAUUGGAGGUUAGUGUCCGAGAUAGUUCUGACUUUGGUUCCACAGAGGGAUGUCUCAAACAGCGUAUCCCCCGGGUGAGCUACGCAAUCUUCGUACGCCCAUAAGCUGUAUCAGGUGUCAAUCAUAGAAAACAUGAACCCCCUAAUAACUUUUAAAAACCGAGCUGUAAAGAAAAAAAAGGACUUGAGCACAAACUAGUCUGACAGUAACUACAUGUCAACAUCACAACCAGGGGGGAGGAACAUUAAUGCCCUGUGUAAUAAAUUUCUAAAGUUUGUCCACAGCUCCAUAGAGAUUGCUGGAGGAGGCGGGAUUUAUGACCUAUACUGCAGCCCGUCAACAGAGGGUGCUGUUCUCAGAGUGGCUUCACCCAGCAAGGCGACAGACAGCGUCUAUUCUAUAUACAGUCUAUGGUUCAUACGCAUGCUCUGUACUCUUCUUCUGUCUUUUGUGCAAUUUCUUGGCAGCGUUACAGCGCCACUUACUGGCUUGGCAUAUGCACUACAUCGUUUUCAGUGGUUUCGUUUUGAGAGAUGAUAGAAAAACUUCUUAUUAAAGUGAAGUUUGGUGAAGUUGUCACUGAAUCAAAAAACAAAAAUCGAGUUUUUAGAGGAAAAAUCCAGAUUUUAUUUUUGGCCUUAAUCGUGUAGUCCGAAACCCUUUUGUUUCUCUAACUCCCUUUAAAUCGGAUAUUCCCCAAACUUUAUUCAGUGUCUCUUAAAUUUGCUGAACAUUCUGGUGUUCAGAGUUGGCAGAGUUCGGUUCCUUAUUCUGUAGAUUUCUUCAAACAGGCAGAUGUAAUUAUGGCUCCGGAAGCCAAAGCCAGCUGUCGCUCAGAUUUAUGGGUGAAAAAAAUCAUUUUUAGAUUCAAACACAGGUAUUGUGUAAUUAUGAUGAACAGCAGACUGUCGCUGGAGCUGUUAAAGCUAAUACACACACACACACACACACACACACCCUCAAUAAGGAUUUAGCUAUCACACUUCUUAUCAUUAGAUUAACAGUGUAAUUGCACUUCACAGGUUUUUAUCCUCGCUCUUUUGUCACAUUUGCUGUGCGUAGAUACGUGUCGCACAUUUCGAGUGUUAUUUAACCUCGCCGUUCGGUCUGUGCUAACCUGUGCACUUCCAGAUAAAAAAAACAGGUGCUCCGCCAACAUUUGCUCGACUUUAAACCCAGACUGUCUGAAUUCAGGGUUGUACAGCCAGCUGUCAGUACUGUAAGUAUACUGCAGGAAGGAUUUGUAACAGAGGGAGCAGCCUCCUCGGUGAGAUUGUAGAGGUGCUCACGCUGCACUUUCUUUAAAGCAGCACACCUCCUACAAAUUAGAGUAAAAGGCUCCUUUUUACAGUCGCCCUGUUUCGUGGAAAACCAAUAACUCUCAGCCAGCAGGGCUUGAAUGGUUUGGCUUGCUCACGGUGCAGCUCUGUGUGAGACCCCCUCCCUCCUUCUCUCCUUCCUCCUCCUCCCUUCUCUCAGCAUUAGGUCAUCUCAGCUAAGCAGAAAAGUUUACUUCUCCUCUCAUCAUAUCUCAUCACUCCACGUUACUUCUCCUUUCCGCCGCUUUUCUUUCAAGAAGUUAAAGAAGCGACUCGUCUCUUUAUCUCCGGCGCUCACCUUUCCUGCUCUCUCCGUCCACCUGUCGCUUCCUCGUGUCUCCUCGUCUAAUCACUUCUCCUUUUAUUCCUCUUCAUUACUUCUUGAUGAUACCUGUUCGGUCCCUCUCUGCGCCGCUCGCCGCCUCACCUCUCCUCUCACCCUUGUCUUGUUCACACUUGUCUCUCGCUCCUCCUCUCAUCUUUUUUUGGACGCUUUGAUUCAGACUGUCUACGAUUUUACCUCCUGUUUCCCUCCACGCUCCUUAAAUAUUCUCUCUAUCUCUUUUCUCCUCAUCGCCUGUCCGUUCUCCUCCUCUCACUUUCUCCCCUUUUCUCUCCUCUGUAUUUCCCUUCUCACCAUUUGUCUUUCACACUCUGUUUCAACACAUCUCCUUUCUUUUUUUUAUAAGCCCUUUUCUUUCACUGUUUUUUUUUUAUCUGCUGAUUCUCUCCCCACACUUCUAAACCUGUAUUCCUUGUUAUUUCUGCCUCUCUCCUUUGCUGUCUCUCACCUUUUCUUUUUACACCAUCAUCCCAGCUUGAAUUGUUGGGUUUUGUGUUGAAAUAACAAGCAACAGUGAAAGCUAAGUGCAUCAUUAGCAUGUCGGAAGAAAAGAAACUGCCUCUUCAUUUAAAUUUAGAGCCUCGUCUUUCAAAGCUGAAGCUCUUUUGAAAUUAGCGCAAAGAAAACGGAUCAAAUGUUGAGACUGAGGAAUAAAAAGUAUAUGCUCAUUUUCAACUUGACGCCUGCAGCACAUUUCAAAAAAGUGAAGACGAGGGCAUGUUUGCCGUUACGUUGCAUCAUCUAUUCUUCUGUCAGGAACCAAGGAAACUGGUUUUCAAAGUGGGGAAACUUUUCGUCCUAUUCUUGCCUGAUGGUCUCAGAAUCUCCUGUCAGGUGUUUAGUUUUUGUUUUUAUUAAUGCAGAACAAUAGAAAAAAGGUUUAGGAGCAACUUAUACUGCAGUGCUUGGCUCUGUAGUAGAAGAGUCCAGGUCUGCCUGCAGCUCCGACUCCUAACCAAAUGAAAACAUUAACCACGCCAUGACACGCAAAAACUACAACAAAAGGGGGAACCUCCAGAAACUGGUCUUCUCUGCCUCUAAAUGUUAAAAUGUUGUUAAAAGAAAAGGUGAAGAUGCAGCUGUUUCAGUAUUUUUGAAACCCAAAUCCAGCAGCAUGUUUCAAGAAAGUUUGGACGAGAACAUGAACUUAGAAAAAAAAUCAUUAUCAACAUCGAUUUUGUUGUUUUUGCUCUAUUUAAAGCUCCUGUGAGCAACUUUCAGUUUGGCGGCUCCUGUUGACAAAGCUUUAACAUCGAAAUUUUAACAUUAAAAAGUUAUAUUUCUAGAUUACAAAAUGUUGUGAAUAAUGUCAAAAUUUCGAGUUAAAAAUAAGUAAAAAUUUUGAGAUUAAAGUCGAAAUUUUGUAGAUUAAAAUCAACAUGAAUAGUUGAAAUUUCGUUAAUUAAAUCGAAAUUACAAGAUUAAAAUUGACAAAAAUAAAGAUGAAAUUUUAUGAAUAAAGUUGUAAUGUUGAGAUUAAUGAUAAUGAAUCGACAGCGUUCGCUCAUCACUUGCCAACAUGUCCUCUGAAGAACAGUAUAAAGCUGUACUUUAGAAUUUGAUUUCUUAACAAGGAAAUCUUUGCUCUUUAAGCACACAAACACAGUGUGGUCAAAAGUAUUUAGACUCUGAAAAGACUGCGCCGAAGAUUACGACGCUACAGAAGAAAAACACACAAACUUGGAGGACUUUAAUCUUGACGUUUCGAUUUUUUUUCAUUUAGCCUUUUUUUAAUUGCGAUUUUAAUCUGGAAAUUUGGACUUUAAUCUCGAAAUGGAAAUUAAAACAUUCUCCCUCCUGUAAUUAUUUUGUUCUCUUCUUGUGGCCCUAAUCCUCUUUUGUAUGAAAGAGAGCGAUAUGGAUUUCAGUGUUUUUUUUCUCUCCUUACAAGCUUUAAACAUAGACUUUACAAACUGUUAUAACUCUGUAAAGAGAGGUGUUUUAUCUGGUAUUCUGGACCUGAACCUCAAACUGAGGUGUCCCUGAGGUCUAGGACUUGGUAGUUAAAUCCACAUUUAGAAAAUCAGUGCUAAUUAACUGUGAGACUCUUGUUUCUGUGCAGGCUCUUUAGAGUGAUCCGCUGCACUGUACCGGCGGCGGGCUCCCCCGCUCUGUCUCCAGUUGAUUAAAAUAUAAGUUCAGUAAAAACAGCUCUAGAUUACUUAUUCAUCGCAUUCACGGCGCUCCUCAGCAGUAUGAGUGACGGAAAUGAAUCACAUGCUGAAUUAUGUAAGUCCUAAGUUCCUCCAAUUUAUAUCAAUGAAGUUCACAAAAUGACACCCCACUCAGAUUAUACAGUAACUAAACAACCAUAUACAGUACAUCCCAGGUUUCCCCUUAAAACGACAGAUUAUGCAGAAACUUUUGCAAUGAGAGUUUCAAUGACCUGAUGUAAAAAUGAGGCGCAAUAAAACUGUUAGAAAUGUCGACCACACUUCAGAGAUAAAGGUGUGAGUUUAUUUUUAUCUGCUGUCUCCGCUGCAUUGCUGAGUGGCAUCUCAUUCUCUCUCUCUCUUUCUCACACACACACUCGCAGUCGGUCUCAGAUUAAAACAUUUACUCAUUCAGUCACCUGCAUAAUAACUCUCUCUCUCUCACACACACACACACCGAUUAAAACUCUAAAAAGACAAGCACUGAUUUUCCCGCACUAACAUCGACUUUAACAAACAUAAUUACUCCUCUUUCUUCUUUCAGGAGUUGUAGCAGCCUCUGUCUUUGUCACUUGUUGCAGCUGUAGUCUUUGAGUUUUGACGAUUACCUGAUUUACCCUCAUUUUUGUGUAAAACAUCUGAAAACUCGCUCAGACUUUCUUUGUUAUCCUGGUCGGUAAAUGUGUUUCUCAACCUUCAACAAGGAUGAUAGUCAGGUGCUGGGAGGAGAGGAGGAAAUUGCGUACAGAACUAAAGGGACUGGUUGAAUUUGCAGUGGUAGUUGGGUUGCUAUUAAUUAAUUGCAAACUAUAAAUAAGAGAGGGCCAAGAACUGAUCCUUGUGGAACUCCUUCCGUGAGUGAUUGAAACUGAUUGAAUAUCUGCAGCUUGGAUACGUUGGAAUCAAAUGGCAUCAGGCUGUUGAGCCCAUUGUUAUUGAUUAACUGAACUAAAAAUAAAGAGGACACAGAACUAAACCUUGUGGAACACCUUUUAUUAGUGGAAUGCAUUAUUGAUCAACUGUGGAUUAUCAAUAAAAGAAGGCCCAGGACCGAUGCUUGUGGAACACGUUUUGUCAGUGGAAACCAUUGUUAUUAAUUAACUGUUGACUAUUAAUAAAAGAGGACCCAGGACUGAUCCUUGUGGAACACCUUUUGUUAGCAGAACCCAUUUUAAUUAAAUGAAGACUAAAAAUAAAAGAAGGCCCAGAUCUGAUCCUUGUGGAACAUGUUUUGUCAGUGAAACCCAUUGUUAUUAAUGAACUGUUGACUAUAAAUAACAGAGGACCCAGGACUGAUCCUUGUGGAACCCCUUUUGUUAGCAGAACCCAUUUUAAUUAACUGAAGACUACAAAUAAAAGAGGACCCAGGACAGUUCUUGUGGAGUUUAAAUGUUGCUUAUCAGCAGAUUGUAAAUGUGUUAUAAUGAUGUGAAAAGCUGUUAUAAUCACAUUAAAACCAAAAAAUAUUAUAUAAUAACAGUUUUGGCUAAAUGUCAUUAAGAGACGAAGCUUUCCAUUAUAAAUUUAUGUUUCAGGGUGUGUGUGUGUGUGUAGAAAGGAGAGCAGGAUAAGGGGGUUUGACAUACCAGUUUUUUCCUGCUGCCAAUCACAUCCCACUCUUAAGAUCUCAGGGUUUUACUUGAUUACCAAUUUUCCUCAUAUCUAUUUCAUGUGAGAUUCCCCAUUUAUGAUGUUCAAUCGACCGUGAUUGCGCUCUAAAAAAGUCCUGUGUCAUUUAAAAGAUGAUCUCUAAGCAGAAAUUGAUUGCUGACAAUUAACACGGCGGAUAGUUUUUGAAGGAAUUGGCUUGAAUUUGCAUCUUUUUCUCCCUGACAUUAUGUUGUCAGGAUAACAGUGAGCAAACAAAGCCUGAGCGAAACUUCACACCAACACAAGGUCCCCGCACAAAGGAGAUGGUGUGAUUAGAUUUUCCAGCACCUUGCUGCAUUAUUUUACAUAAUGAUGAGGGAAAACUAAUUCUCCCAAAGCUUCCACAGGUCCUCAGUGCCUUUAAUUACAAAUUAGUAUUAAAAUAUGAUCACAUUAAUAUUGAUACGGGUAAAUUAAUUGUUCGACGCAGUUUAAUGACCUUUAUUGGUUGAACUGUUUGUUUGGUGUACUCAUGUGUCUCUAAACAACCUGUUUAGCUUUGAACUGUUGAUUUGCUCCCUCUGAUCACCUUUCAGAUAUCACUCGCUGAUCCGCUUUCAUUCUGGUCCAAGCCGUGAAUUUAAAGCAUCCCGGUGGCCCCAAAUCGACCAAGACGCAUGAGAUUAACAUCCCUAAGCUGCACGCUGAGGCUUUGGUGACUCAGAUAAUUAGCAGACGCGUUCUCUGAUCUUGAAAAGCAGCAGCCAUAGUCAAUAUAAUCUGCCCAUAGAUGUUUCAUCCCAGCCUAAACCCUAUCAGUGUCUCUUUUCUUCUAUUAAUCAGCUGCCAAAGCCUUUUAGUUCGUGCAGAAAUGAGGAAAACAAAAAAAAAACACGGAGAGGCGAACUGCAGAGAAGUCUCCUGUGAGGCUUUUGGCUUUUGGCACAGCGUGGGCACAGGACCAAACGAGGGGGCGUGUUUAACACUUUGGUCCCUGGUUGAGGAGAAUACGCAGCAGCAGCAGAGGUAGCUACACAUGAGGAGUAAUGAAAGUAGUGUGGAGGGAGAGAAAUGUUAAUGUGUUGACUUCCAAAACCUUUCGCAACAAAUGGAGGGCAUCUGCAGGUCUUGAAACAGCCCGAGCAUGCCUUCGGUUUGAUUGCCUGCGUCUGUGCUUUUGAAAAAGCUCCAAGCCGAGUCUUGUGCUGAGGUUAAACCUCCGAGUUUGUUAUUUUUCAAGAUGAAACUUCUCCUCCGAGAGCCGACUUUGCUGUCUGGCUUCUCAUCUCUUUGCUGAAUAAAAUAUCUUCGUUUAUUUAUACUUCUCUCCCCUCUCUGUCUUCAUUUUAAUUCUCCUAAAGGUGAAGAAGGACUCUGUGGUGUCCUGCGUCCUGGACUCCGAGGCAGUGGCCUGGGAUCGCGAGAAGAAGCAAAUCCAGCCCUUCCAGGUCCUCACCACACGCAAGAGAAAGGUAUGAACCGGGAGGAGGGUAGGUGAACUGCUCAGAGUGUUAAAAAGGUAAAAAGCAGGAGACGAUGAAGAAGUGAAAAGGUUAAAGAGAGAGAAAACUAGACAGAGAUGAAAACCGGGAGAGGUGGAUAAUGGAGUGAAAUGAUCCGGCAGAUGGAGGGAGAUGGACGGCGAAGGAGCAGACAGAAAGAGAGGGGAGAUUGAUAAGUAGGAGACAGGAGGAGUCAAAUGGAUCGAGGAGAGAGGAGAGGAGGGGAGGGCUGUGAGACUGCAAAUGUCAGCGAGGUGUUUUUUCAGUUUUGAUCAAAAUAACGGCCUCUUUCCACUCCGCCAGUCACAUUAGAAUAAAAUUUGUCCCUUUGACUUUCCUUUUUGUAUGCGCGGUGACGUCUCCGUAAAUUAGAAAAAGGAGAAACGAGGGUUCAAAUAUCGAGGACAUGAUGAUGAUGAUGAUGAUGAAAAUGGCUGAAAAUGAUUAUCCUGAUGAUAUUUUGCAAGAUACUGCUACUGCCACGAUGAAUUUAUGAUUAUUUGUAAUGACGGUUUGCUGCACAAACUGAUUGUAUGGCCCUCCAGGCUUUUUUGUAGCCACAUCUUCGCUGUUUGCUCCCUCUGCGAGCGUUCAGGCUGAAAUGAAAUAUUUCAGAUGAGAAGAUGGAAACCCGAUACGGACUAAUUAAACAUCAUUAAUGGGUGGAGGGGAAAGUAAUGAGAGAGUGGAAAGGAGAGGAAGGAUAAAUCAGGAGAGAAAUCCUUCAGGUUUGAAGACUGUGGAGGCAUUUCUCUGUGUUUCUGAUCCCCGGAGUUUCCUUCAAGAAGAACAUCAGUAUUAGGUUCAACCAGCUCUUCAUACAUUCAGAUAUAGUUUAAUUAUAAUAAAGAGAAUAAUUACUUUCUUAAUCCCCUUCCAGGAAAUUCAAUUUUGGAAUAUCAACACCUCAUUACAACUUAUCUGUUAACUAAGAAGGUAUAAGAGGAAGUGAGAGGUAGUAUUUAAUAAAACAUUUCAAGUAAAUAUCACAGAUUUUAAAACGUUACAGCUGCCGACGAACAGAAGACAGAUUUCUUUACAUAUAGAGAUUAUAUGUUGCUACAGUAAAUAUUGUGAUGCGGUUUGAUUGGAUAGAAACUCUGUCUUAAUGUCUUCAACAUGAUCGCAGUACAACGUAACAAAACAACCUUAUUGUGUUAUAUUUCGGUUUAGUUUAAUCCAAACACAACACGGGUAUUUCUUUCAGUUCAGAUCUGAAAUUCUCCAAAGGACCCCUCCUCUCAACUCAAAGGUCUCCGUCAAACUGAGUUUAUAUUGAACCAAGCGGGCUCUGUCGCUGGGGCGACUCUUUUUCUGUGUAGGAAAACAAAACUUCUUUGAAUCUGUCAGUCGGAGUGACUUCCUCAGUGCACAAAGAAUUUGUCAAUCCAGAGAUAGUUGUUUGUAUCCCCCUGGGGACUGAAAUAACCAUGGACUUUUCACAGGAAGUGAGUAAAAGCCACAGAUGCAGCUCAUUGAGCCGCUAUAUUACAUCCACAGGUCACUAAUUUAUGAACGCCUCUGGCCACAGAGGACCAUAGAGCGCACUGUAAUGAAACAACUGUAGACUAUAAAUAAAAGAGGGCCCAGGGCUGAUCCUUGUGGAACACCUUUUGUAAGUGGUAGAAAUUGAUUGAAAAUUUGCAGCUUGGACACAUUGAAAUCCGGUGGCAUUAGGCCAUGGAGCGUAUUGUUAUUGAUUACCUGUAGACGAUAAAUAAAAGUGGGCCCUGGGGUGACCCUUGUGGAACACCUUUUGUAAGUGGUUAAAGGGAUAUUCUGGUGUAAAAUUGAUUUAGAGUCACUGUAGCACCGUGUUAGACACCCUGUCGAGAGAUGAAUGUUGCUGACCGCUUGCUUCUCUAGUUAUACCAACUUCAGUUACGACCACAGGAACUAGAGAAGCAAGCGGUCGGCAACAUCCAUCUCUCGACUGGGUGUCUAACUCGUUGUUGUGAUGUGUUUUUAACCCUAAAUCAAUUUUACGCAGGAAUAUCCCUUUAAAACUGAUUGAAUAUCUGUCACUUUGAUGCAUUAAAAUCCAGUGGAAUCAGGCCAUGGAGCACAUUGAUAUUGAUUAACUACAAAUAAAAAGGGACCCAGAACUGAACCUUGUGGGACACCUUUUGUAAGUGGUUUAAACUGACUUAAUAUAUGUCACUUUGAAGCAUUGAAAUCUGGUGGCAUGAGGCAUUUAGGCCCAUUGUUAUUGAUUAACUGUAGACUGUAAAUAAAGAGGACCCAGAACUGAACCUUGUGGGACACCUUUUGUAAGUGGUUAAAACUGACUGAAUAUAUGUCACUUUGAAGCAUUGAAAUCUGGUGGCACCAGGCAUUUGGGCCCAUUGUUAUUGAUUAACUGUAGAUUAAACAUAAAGAGGACCGAGAACUGAUCCUUGUGGGACACCUUUUGUAAGUGGUAGAAACUGAUUGAAAAUUUCCAGCUUGGACACAUUGAAAUACGGUGGCGUCAGACCAUAAAGUCCAUUGGCUAACGAGGAACAUCACAUGAUCCAAGACAGUGUUACACAAGAUCAUCUGCAGUAUGUUUUUAUCAUUCUGACCUUUUGUAAUAAAACUAUUUUAUCACUUGAACUAGAUACCAGUAUUUUAAUUUAAAAAAGAUGAUACUAUCAACCUUUUUUUAGCCUUGAAAUUAAUCAGUUUCCCUUAUUAAUAAUGAUGUUGGGAUACAGUUAAAAGAGACCUUAAUUAACCAAAAACAGUAAAGCUGAGUGAAAACACUGGCACAUUGAGAUGAAGUGAUCUGAUAUAUUAAGACGAAAAUUGUUCAGGAGAAACCGUCUCUUCAGGGUCCGUUGAUAAGCUUAUACACCUGGGGCUCAAAAACCAAAGGCAGAUUUUUCAAGUUCAGAAUAAAGCUGUGGUUCUUGGAGCAUUAGACAGUCAGAGGGAGUUUGACAAGGUCCAGUGGUUCAGUUCAUCAUAAACGUUAUAUAAGAAGAGGAGAGCGACCAGUAAGGGGUAUACAGAUAGAGAGACAGAGAGAUAUCAGCGCUUAUCGCACCUCUGUGCCAGUAAAGACCAACCAAGUAUUAUACAGAAUACAAUGAGUGUCAUAGGGACCUCCAGCUCUGUAUCUCAGAGCAGACUGAUAGACCGAGACUGGGUAGAAGCAAGAGUGUUUCAAAAACACUGUUUCCACAAGUAAGAGGAAAGUUAGAUCUGUUUGGAAGAAGUAAUCAGAGUUUCUGCUGAUGAGGUUUUAAUGAUGAAUCUUAGAUUUCAAUCAUCAUUAUACAAAUACCAAGAUGUUUGUUCACUGGAACUCAUUCAGCAUUGCUUCCAUCUAGUGCUGAUAGUUGGAGACAGUUGAGAUAAAGCUGUUGUCCUGAAAAAUAAAACAAAGAACGUUGUUUCGUUCUUGUUAAGUAUUAAGUUGUAAGUUCUCAACAGCAGAAGAAUACAGAAUAGUGUCAUCUGCGUAAGGACGGAAGUUUGAUCUGAUUUGAUCUUUGUUUGUCUAGAACAUAUCCAAAAAAUUGCUAAUAUCCACCAAAUGACACAAAAUCAAAAUGAGACACACUUGCAAGAAGAGGGAGAGGAAAGUAACAGCGUAUGUAGUCCUGCUGUUUCUUCACAAUAUCAGCUGAUUUAAGUGUUUUUUCAACGCCAAACAGAACCAUAGAAAGCAAAAAAAUUUAUUGAGUGCAUUUGCAAUUGUUCAUAAAUACAUUUGUAAGAUAUUAUCUCAGGCUUUUGUUUAAGGUAAGUUAUUGCGAGUUGCGCCUCCCACGCCUAGAGAAAAGCUCGAUGUUUAUUAUAUGCUAAGUGUUAAAAAGUGCUAAAAAGUCAUUUUGCUUAAACUCCUUCCUGUGAUCAAAAGAAUGGCCCGAUUCCAUGUAUCCUCCCACAUGCUCAUUUUCAGGUUUUCAAGGUGCAGCACAGGUAGAGAAUUAAUUAUGCUGCAACACAAAGUGAAGUUUUUCUGCCCGAUCAGCACAGGAAGAUUAUUAAUAAAACAUCUUUGAGUUCUUUUAACCUUAAGAUAGCUGCAGAAGUUCAACGUUCAACCUCAUGUAAUGAAUUUGUUUAAAUGCUUUUCAGCCUCAUGCUUCAUUACCACUGAGUUAGCAAAGUGGAUUGAUCGAAUUCAGAGGACCUAGAAAUGUUUAAUCCUGAUUGAUUUGCAAACCACAAAAGCUUUUACCGUCCAAAAAGCUUUGAAGGGGUUUUUCUCAGAGAAGAUAAGUUGGGUUGCAGGAAUCAUUGAGACAGGAGGUCUCUUUUUCUUCUCAAAAAGUAGCUCCAGUUAGUUUUCAGUAAACAAACAAUAGAUCAGCUGUUUCAAGCGCCAUCUUCUGGGUAAAAUACUGUACUGCAGUUGAAAUCUCCUGUCAUUUUAGACUGGUUUAAAAUCAAAAGAGGUUUAAAAAGUGCAGGUAUACCUCAAAAUGUUUUUGGAUGAGUCAAACUGUGAGGACGCUAACCUGAGAGUUUGGUCAAUGUCACUGAUAAUAACUCUGAUCUGGUCAGUUGUUCUCAGUAGGUUCCUCCUCACACCUGGCUCACAGCCUCACACCGAAUUCCUGAGAAAUCGGGGCCAGCUCUGUCUGCCAAACACAAAACUGCAGGGAAAACAAAACCUCCUCGCCUGAGUUAAUAAGCUGGAUGAGGUGCAAAAAACCCGAGGAGUAGGGAAGAGAGAGACGUGAUUAAAGCGGGCUGAGGAACAGGAAGGUGUGGUGCAGGAAGAGAGAGAUGAGCACAAAAGAGGAGGUGUGAUGUUGUUAAAAGGUGGAGGUGAAGCUUUAAGGCUGUGUGAUUAAAAGCAACACGAUGAACGGGAGAGAAAUCAAAGCGCUCUUUGUAACAAGUCCCAAGGUUGAAUGUAGCGAUUUGUGAAUAAGAUGCGUCGAUUUGCAUAUUUUCGUCCAGGGAGAAAUAUUAAAACGCGUGUGUUUUCAUGUGUGUGUUGAUGUUUCCCCGCAGGAUGUGGAUGCCUCGGAGAUCAAAGUCCAAGUGUGCGUGUACGCCUUUGACCUCCUCUACCUCAACGGCGAGGUAAGGCCCUCUGCUGAUGAUGAUGGGGGAAAAAUAUUACCCAGGGAUCUCUCUGGCUGCGCUCCUGUUGUCAUUUAAAAUUGGGGUGUGUGUGUGUGUGUGUGUGUGUGUGUGUUUAUGUGUUUAUUGUUUGUGAGCGUGCUCGUUGCACCUCUGAGAUGCAGACAACGUCCCUGAAUGCCAAUGAUGGUGCUACUGGAGGCCGUAACUAGAUAAUGAUUGUAAUGCUCAUUGUAAUUCCAGCGGAGUGUGUCUGAGUGUGUGUGUUUAUCUGAGACUGACUGAGUCUGCGGGAAGGAAAGAGAGAGAGAGAGAGAGAGUUGUUUUUUCAUCUUUUUUCGACCCUGUGUGUGUCUGUGUUUGGGAGAUUGAGGGUAUGUAUGAUUUCAUCCAAAUAAUACUCUAUUUUGAAGCUAAUUUCCUAAAAGUCAGCCAAAGAAAAUGCAAAUGAGCGGAUGUCUCUAUCAGCCAAUGAUAUGCAGGUUUUCCCAGGUGGACGUAAACGAAAUAACUGAAUCAAAAGAACAACAGCGGCUCUUUAAGUUCGGCCGUUUUGUUGCUGUUUCCCCUUCCUAAUAUAGCAUUUAUGUAAAUGUUAGGAAUUAAUUUGUCUCUCCUCACUUUCAUUUUGGGCCUUUUUCCGCUGCUGCCUUUAUUUAGCGUCUUUAUUUUUAAUUAUUCCUCUCGGCUAUAAAUCCACACUGUCCAAUUCCAGCUUCCCUGCAGUCGUUGAUAUCUCUGUUUCCGGCCUGUGGAGUGACCGCCUUUUGUUUUUAUUUAUUUUUUUUUUGCCAAGACCAACACCAGGCGACCAAGGUUGUGUCCUUGGUGCUAUUUUUGGGAAUCAUCCAGGUUUACAGACCCCAGAGGAAGAGACGAGACUCUGCAGUUUAACUCAAAUGACUCAAAGUUCAAGUUUUUUGUUCGCAGAAUGAGGUGGACUUAGUUUACCUCGGUAAAGUCGAAGCGGAGUCACCGUUCAGAGCAGCAGUGUCCGGUGUGUUCAGCCGUACAAAAGCUUUGUUUUCUAUUUAUGCGAACAACUUAAAUCAAUGAUUCGCCCGAAGCCAUUUCAGAAGAGCAAAAAGGCUCCAGAUCCUCCGGUUUUCACUCGAGGAUGGUUUUUAAAAGCAAAAGGAAAACUUCUGUUUUUAAUAUCAUAGACUGUUAGCUCCCGAAGAGGCAUAAUGAAACCGAAAGAUAGCAGCGGGUGUGUUGGGCAUCACUUUUCAUCCAUUCAUCCAACCUUUAUUUCAUCUUAUGGAGUCAUUAGGGUCAAGCAGGCCUCGUUCACAGCAGCAGACAGCCAUAGAUGUGCUGCACAGUAUUAAAAAAACAACAACUUCAUAUUGCAUAAUUUUUUCAUUUCUGCAGCGUAUAUUGGGAUAUGAAAAACACGGGCGUUUAUGCGCAGUGUUUUUAAUCUGCUCCUGCUGAUACCACCCUGUGUCCAGCCCUCUGACACCUGCAUGGAGAGGUAGAAGGAGAGAGAGAGAGAGAGCACAAGAGGAGAUUCACCAAUGCAACAGACGUUCCUAGUAGUAGUAGUAGUUUAUUUGUCCCAUAGGGAAAUUAAAUCGCAGCAAAUCACACAUUUGGCAUUUUAUCUAGAACAGUACAGAUAAAAAAUAAAACAGCAUGUAGACAACUAUGACACAUAAUUAAUAGAAAAAAUAAGUAACAUCGUCAUAAUCACACUUCCUAAGUCUCAACUUUAACCUGAUUAGAACAGCUGAGCAGACUAUAGGUGACUAACUAUGGCUAUUUGGAAUUAAGGCAUUUAAUGGUCUGUGGCACAUAAUCAAUAACUUUUUUAAAGUGUUCAGAAUUCUUUUUGAUUUGAAUAUAAGUGCCGUGUACGUGUGCUGCAGGUGUAGACAUUAAAAGUAAACACAACGGUCUGUAUGUUUGCAAUCAGCGUACAACAGCCGCCCACAAUGUAACUGCAUCAGUGUGUUAGCCCCAAACUAAUCCAUCCGGUCUGGAGAAAUGAAGACGAGGUCAAAGAGCCAAAAACAUGCAGUUUCCUGAGGCGGCCUGCAGAAGCACCAUAAACCAUAAACAGUCAUUCUAAAAGGACCACCUUCAUCAGAACAUCGACAUGUUUUUGUUAAAUCCUGUCUUUGCUCUGCCUCUUUGUCAAUUCUAGGGUAAGCUGAGUCUGCUGGUAGGCGUCUAAAAAAGACAGCGGUUUUGGGAUAGAGAUGAUCCCAAUUUUUCCUUCCUGAUACCGAUUCUUGUGCUGUUGGUACCGAUCCAAUACCAGUUUGUUAUUAAAACAAAAUACCAUACCAGGCCUGCACGACUGUAAUAUGAUUAUCAAACAGCGAAUUCAUGCCAUUUAUUUUGAAAUAGAACAGUAUAAAAAAACAGAGCUAACCAGUAAAUUAAUAAUUUAAUAAAUUACGUGGUAUCGGAUCGGUGCCUGGACUCCAGGACUCGCCGAUACUGAUGCCAGCAUUUUUGGCAGUAUCGGAACAUCUAUUUUGGGAUCCUGCAGGUCCUAAAUGCAGACCUGAUGCAGAGAAAAAGUUGCUUUGACUGAGAGCAGGAAGUCAAACAAACCCUGCAGGCGCAUCGUGCAGCGAGCACUUACAACUGAACGAACUAACAGUUUAAUAAAGAAGAUGAAAGCUGGAAGGCGUGUCUGAAUUAUGGACAGAUCUGGAAAAGACCUGGACUUGGUUUGGUUGGACUACAGGCCACAAAUCCAGCACCUCUGGAUUAAAGCAGGCGCUCAUUGUAAGGAUAAAGCAAUUCUCGUCACGUUUGUAUAACUUAUUAACCCAAAUGGUCAGAAUUAGCAUGGGUGCAUGCAGGAUUGGUCAUGCAUAUUGCAGCAGCAGCCAGUAAUGGUCAGCGGUAAUGGCAUACUUACAAACUUUAGUGCAAAAUCAACGGCUAAGACCACGUCCGUGUAUUCCAGUCUGUCCUUAAGAGGCCGCUUUAAUGCUGCUGCAUGUUGAGGAAACGCUGUAAGAGUGUGCACUCACAGUGUUUGAGGGUAUAUUUAAUGUCCAAGAUUUCUUGGUGGUUUCAUCCGUUUGCUGUCAAACAAACUCUGAGCGCCCUGAAAACUACAGUAGGUAGGAGGUUGUACACACACACACACACACACACACACAGGCGCGAGGAUUGUGUGUUUUCUGCUGGUAUGAGGCUGUACUUUUCUGUGUGGGAGUUUGUAUGUGUGUUCAGAGCUGUCGUGACUGUGUUUUUCAGUGAGUAGACUUGGAGGUUGUGUGUGUGUUUGUGUGUGUGUGUGUGGGUAGCUAUUUGAGAUGGCACUUCAUCCUUGUCAUUGCAAGGCUCCAAGCUAUGAAGGGGAAAUGGUUGUAAUGACACACAGUUCUGCUGUUUGUGAUGAUAUGUCUGUUUCUCUGUUUUGUUUUGUGUGUGUGUGUGUCCAUAUUUGUGUGUGUGUGUGUGUGUGUGUGUAGUCCUUGGUGCGACAGCCAUUGUGUCGGCGUCGGGCUCUGCUGAGAGAAAGCUUCUCAGAGGUGGAGGGAGAGUUUGUGUUCGCCCGAUACCUCGACACCGACAACACAGAGACCAUCGCAGAGUUCCUGGAGCAGUCCGUCAAAGGUGUGUGUGUGUGUGUGUCUGUGUGUGUGUUUGUGUAGGUGUUGUCGGGUUAGUGUGAGACAAAGACACACUUUUUUUUUUUGUUUACCUCCUGCUACCUCUUUUUGUGUCUUGAACUUUUUAGUGUGCACACUAACUGCGCGCUUGUUUUCCUUCCUGCUGUCCCUGUGUGUCUUGAACCUUCUCCGCGUGUGUGGGUGUGUUUCGAACAAGUUUGAUUUAAUUUGUGGCCUCGCCUGCUGCCUUCAUGUGUAAUUGUGUGAGUGUUGUGUGCAGUGGUUGUGUGUUUGUUCCCUCCCUGCCUGCCUGCUACUCCUCCUUCUCUCAGGGCUGCAUCUUUCUCCUAUUAUCUUGUGUUUGCCUGAGUGUGAUUGUGUGUGAGUGGAAACAGAACCUGUGAGUUGUGUAAUUGAGUUUUUUUUUGUGUGUGUGUGUGUUAUUGAAAAAGAUCAUAGAAGUGUGUUUCCAAAUGUGUAUUAUGCUUGUGUCCUUGUCUCUCUUUGUGUGUGUUUGUAUCUCAGAGGGAGACAAAACAGCCUCCAUAUAUCUCAAGAUAAUCUGCUCAUUUCCUUCCUGCACCACUAGACUUGUGUUUUGAUGUAUUAACGUGUGCGCGUGUGUGUGUGUUUGUGUGUGUGUGUAGACUCCUGCGAGGGCCUUAUGGUGAAGACUCUGGAGAAGGACGCCACCUAUGAAAUUGCAAAGCGCUCCCAUAACUGGCUCAAGGUCUGGAACUCAAACACUUCACACCGAGCUUCAUUGUUGAAACCAACGUGUUGAGUCAGUUUAGUGUCCUUGUGUGGAUUAAAACAACUAUUGGACGUAAGCUCUGAAUGGCCGCACAUGCCUAAUAACCUUCGUUUACUGGCAAUAACAUAAAAACAUAAACUGACACAUUAGCUUUACAUUUCUAAAGUACUGAAUUAACUAUUUUAACGACUAAGAGACAAUAAAAGAACUUUAUUUAACCCCCAAAUAAAUUGUAUCUGUCUAGAAUCUCUGAUAAACAAAGUUAUGAUCUAACUCGCGCAGUGGUGGUAAGACAGUAUAACUCUGUAAACGUCGACAUACAGCAGAUCCAGGGUUUGGUUUUCUCUGGUAGGACAGUAAACAAACUGAGUUAAUCCAGUCAGGUGAGAGGAGAGGGUGACACGGUUCAAGUCUCCUGAUAUUAUUACAAGUGCCUCAGGAUGUGGAAUCUGUAUCCUAGCAACAGUAUCACAGAGAACAUCACAUGGAACCUCAGCCGUUGCCUUGGAUAUGUAAACAAGUGUAGUUGUGAUAUGACUGAACUGCCUUGGAACAUUAUAUGGCCAAAGUUCAGUUUCUGGAAAACACAUCCUCUCCUCGACGAUGUAAGAAAAAGGGUCAGAGCUACAUGAAAAGAAAAAAAAAUAACUAGAGGAAGAAGAUUUAAGUUGAAAUUUCGACUUUAUUCUCACAAUUUUGAUUUUUAAAUCUUGGAAUUUUGACUUUAAUGUCGAAAUUAGGUGAAAGAAGAAACGGACCUCCUCCCUUCUUCUCGCCACUCUCCGACCUUAUGAAAGUGAAGCCAGGUAUCGUAGUAAAUCAAACUUCUGGUAGUCGGUGUAACAAACCUGGUCAAUGCGGUUAGAGCUCAAUUUUGUCUUUCAUGUAUUUCGGCUCAGUCCGACUGAAACUGACCUGAAAGAGUUCUGCGAACGCUCCAAAGUUUCCUCUUAUUCUUUAAAAAACAGCUGAGAAAAGUUUCCCUGCAGCAUCAUGUACCUACAUCACUGCAUAUGAGCUCAAAUCUUCAGCAGAAUCAAAAAAUGAAAAAGGAUCCAUUCGCUUUUAGUCAAUAACGGUGAAAAAACUCAACCAAAGCCUGAAAACAGAGUCAUGAGGAUCAGGAGCAGAUCUCUUGUCUGAGCUCUUUUCCAAACAGCUCAGUCGGCUCCAGUCAGUUUAAUCGUCUGUACAAAAACAGAUUCAGUACUUCUGGAGGAAACAACAAACAUGUUUCCGAUUAGUAGUUGGUCGGCGUUUACAGUCGGUGGUUCAACAAGAGUUUUGACGGCUCACAUUGUUAAUGAGCAACAUUUAUGUGCGCCUUCUGGCGUUCAAUUUACGCAGAGAAAAUUGGGAACAUUUGAGUCAUUGGGAGACAGUUUUGUUAAUAUUGAAAUUCUGCUCCAACAGUGGGAAACGAUCACAUUUUAAUAGCAUUACACUGUGCCUUAAUAAUAAGCCGUUCCUAUCUCUGUUUUAAUGAAAACCAAAGAAAUAUCCGUCUGCUGCUGUUGUCGUGUUUGUUCUCACCUCAGCUGAAGAAGGACUACCUGGAGGGGGUGGGAGACACGGUGGACCUGUGCGUGAUUGGCGCCUACCUGGGAAAAGGCAAGAGGACGGGCACUUACGGCGGCUUCCUCCUGGCCUGUUACGACGAGGAGAACGAGGAGUUCCAGUCCGUUUGCAAGGUGUGGGCCUGUUUGUUUCCCUCUGACGGUGUUUCUGAUUUAAUUUUUAAUGAAAACAGUCUGAGAAAUAAUGAAAAAAAGUUCUUGUUUACUCCUCGGCAAGACAAACAAGGUGUUUCAAGUUUAAUAACGUCUGAGUUUUUGGAGUGGGGAAACUUAUUUUGAUUAUUACAUUUGCAUAAAUCUGGCUUAUUUUUAAUAACAGCCCAGGCAGCCGUGGACUCUGAUGUUUAAAUCAUGUUUUUAGGAGUUUGCAGCACCCGAAAUAAACAUCUUCAUCGACACAGGUUUGAGGUUUGACAGUUCCCCAGACGUGUGUAUCGACUUUUUCGGAUCCUGGGUUCAAAAUGUUAAACUGUAAUUUUUUCCACCUCUCUGGCGGUCUGUGCACAUAAACAAACACACAACAUAUGGAGGGUAAUGUUUGUUUCUCUCUCAGCGUGUACUGUUGAGUGUUUUCCGUUCACGUCUGUUAAAAGUGUGUGUGUUUGUGUGUGUGAUGGAUUUGAAGAGACUGACAGCUCAGACACACACGCACUGAACACAAGCUUUGUGUCUACAAACGUGUGUGUAAGCGUGACCGGGUACAUCUCAGGAUAAGCGGUAAGCAUGUAUGGGAGAAUGCGUGACCACUUGUGUGUAUUCAUGUGUGUGUGUCUGCGAUGAGUAAGACUUCACAACAGAGCAUAAAUUCCUCCUUCGGAAAAAGCUCCCGUCUCCAUUUUUUUUUUCCCUGUCAGUAACUUUUAUGUCUUUAUCCAUGGAAAAGGGAUUUAGCGAGCGUCGAGCUCACACAUUUCCACCACCUCCACCUGCUACACUUUUAUGUACUUACACAAAUUCACACCUGGGAGCUCUCCGGUACAACCGCAGCACUCUGCUUUUUGACCACCGAGCAGCUCUACUGAAAGCAGGCAGAGGUCAGAGCGCCUGUUAGAUCAUCAUGUUAACUUUGUCAGGCUUCCCUUUUCUCAAAUACCUGCUUUUAUAGAAAUAAGAUCUCAAUGGAGGAGGUUUUUUUUUUCACUCUUGAGACGGCGAUCCUGGAUAAGUGAGGAAAAUAUGGUGGUUGCUCUCAAAAACACUACAGAAGGGCACUUGCUUUGAAAAUGUGAAAAUACUGCGCGUGUGGAGCUCACACUUUUUUCUUUUAGCAGUAGAAACAUGAUGAUGCUCUCCGCUUCUAUGACUCAGGACGCUGAGUUCAGGGUGUGGGCUCAUCACCUCAGGCCUAAGAAGAGAAGAGAUGACUGUAUUUAUUAGUGGCUACAGGGUUAUUUUAUGCUCUGUUACAUAAUAAUUAUGCUUUUAUUUUGAAAAGACAUAACAGGCAUUUUCUAGGGAUGUUAUAAAAGCUCAAAUUCUGACUUGUUAAGCAGAAAUCAUUCAAAAAUAUAACAAUUUAUUGAGCUCUGGAUUUAAGCUUGCAAGUAAAAGAUGCCUGUUGAGGUCAGUAAGUGUUGCAAAGCUAGUACCACAGGUCUCAGGUCCAACUAGAAAGUGAAAGUAGAGUGACCAUACGUCCUCUUUUACCCAGACAUGUCCUCUUUUCUGGGGCCUGACCGGCCUGUCUGGGGGAGUUUAUAAAAUCCGUCAAAUAUCUGAGGUUUUGUUUGGAAGUUUUGAGUUUGUGUCGUGUGGACUUACUGAGUUAGAAGCACGUAAAAAACACUCAACACUACCUGGAAAUUUUUUUAAAAUUAACUACGUGUGACUUGUUGGGGAUUCAGAAUAUGGCCACCCUAGUUAAAGUCCACAAACCUGAUCGACACAGCCGACAUACAACCUUAUCUCCACCUUCUUCAUCACGCUGCUGGCAAGACUCGCCAUGAGCUGCCAUCUUUGGUCUGUUUCCUAGCAACAGUAUCACGGAGAAUGUCACACAGAACUUCAGCCGUUGCCUUGAGUAGGACGUAUUAGGGGUGUCCCAAUAAAACUUUUUUACUACUGAUACAAUACCAAUAUUGAAGCCUUCAGUAUUGGCCGAUACUGAUCUUGAUCAGAUCCUUGCGACUUAGUUAGUACCUUCGUACGUACUGUUGUCACACUGUCACACUGCAUGCUUGAUCUGGGCACUGCUAGAUAGAGUUGCUGGAGGUCUGGAAUGGACUGCUUGAACCAGAGGGCUGAUAUCAGAGAUAUUAGAUGCAGGCCGAUGUAAUCUGGUAUUCAUUUUUUGCUGAUAUCGGACCAAAAUUGAUAUUGAAUAUUGGUCUGAUAACUGAUAUAAACAUCAGAUAUUUGUUCGAUAUCCAAUAUUGAUAUCAGGACAACCCUUGGACGUAAACAAUAAAAAAAAAACCCGGAAGACCUUUAAGCUUCUGCACGGUUGUAACAGUUCCCAUCACUUCUCUCUCAGUUACUCGCAAAGCAGGUGUAGAGACGAUAUUCGCCACAGGUACUUGAGAUAAGGGAAGAAAAAGAGACGUUUACUUGGAAUGGAAAAAAAAAGUCAGAAAAUUUGGACAAAUGUACUCUUGUCGAACUGAUCAGGUAUUCUAUUCUCAAAAAGCUGCUGCUGACUUGUUUGCAUGCCUGUUUAUAGCCACAGACACAAACUUUUCGCUCUUAACCAGAAACGGCAAAGGUAGAUGGAGCCCUCUGCUGUUCAAAUUCGGUACUGCAGUUCAUUUUUCAUCCCACCAAUUUAAAUUGUUCCUCAUCUGUUCGUAUUUCUGUCUGUGUCACAAGGCACCAGUACAUCUCUGUUCAUUAAUCUUCCUCUGCUGCCGGAUAUUCAAUAGUCUUUCAUAUUUCAGAUACUCUUCUAAGUGAUUUAUUUCUGCGGGGCGAUUGUGGCCCAUUGAAACCAAACACACACAUUUUGAGGAAGUCAGUAAUCCGCACUCUCAGCUCGGAUCUUGGCCACAUUCAGAUGGAAACUCACAGCUUUAAUUUAUUAUAUCCCCUGGCUGCUUCCUCUAUCUGAUCCCGGCGCUGUGUGGAUAACUUGGCAGUUACACCUUGUGCCUUUCCCAAAGUUGUGUUGGUGUGGCGCCGGCUUCGUGCGAGGCAGCUUUACUAAUCUUCGUAGGCCUGCGGUCUCAAAAGUAAGAGGCAGAAUCACUUCGGUUCUUACACAAAUACGUGUCACAAAUACUUGAAAGUGUAGCAGGGAUUUCCUGUUUUGAGGCACUUCCUGUAGACUCAGUUUCAUAGUUAAGUAUGAAGUUAAUGGCGUCUUUUAUGGCAGUGGUUUCUGUAGUUCUCGUCUGCUGUAUUUCAUCAUUUUUUUUCCUCUUCGGCUCUUCAAUGUCAGGCUGGAAACGCGGGCGUAAAAUCUAUAAAAAAUAAUCUUGUUGUCCUUGACACGUUAAACUCCGGACAGCCUCCGUUUGAGAGCCUCCACUGUCGCUGAGAGCAGACUUUAACCCACAUUUCCAUUUCCCGGAUGUAAUCUCAAACUAUACGUCGGGCUGAGAUGUCCUUGAGCCCGACACGAGUCCUCGAGUCCUCUGCGCAUCCAGGAGCCGCUGCACUCAGACUCAGCUCACAUAGACUCCCCUCAGAGAAUAAGAGGGACACUAAGUGAAACCAGAAGGACAAUUAGCUUAGAUUCACAGCAGCAGCUUGUUCUUUGGACUCCCAACAUUGCUUUAAUUGUUACCUAUUGUGUUCACUUUGUUUGGGUCUUGCACAAACACAGGAGGAGUCAUAAAAAUUGCAUGGACUUAAAUUGCUAAUUCACUGGAUAUGUCGUCUUUAUUGGAUCUGGCACGGUGUUAUACAGAACGCUUUAGCCGUGGAGGAAGAUGUAACAUCAGAUUAAAUCCAUUUAUUUCAGCCCGAACACUUAAUUUCUGCUCUUUGUCGUGUUUUUUAAAUGUCUGGACAGCUACCCUUGGCUCGACGCUACAUUUCCCAAACACAAAUACCGGCCUUUGUAAAUGUCUGCAGCUCGGGGGGACAGGAAUGACUCUGUGCUAAAUACUUUUGUGAGAGCUUGUUUCACAAAAGAAAAAAUCAAAUGUAUUAAAAAGACUUCUGAAUAUGAAACUCGGAGCACACCGUGACAUCUCUAUGAAUACAGAGAAAGUUUCAAAGGAAGGUUGUAGAUUACUGGCCGUGUUUCUAACUCAAACUAACAGCUGUCUCGACCAAAACGAGAAACGUGGAGCGUCUGGGUAUGAUGCUCUUAAAGCUCCUGUCAAGAACUUUUGGUUUGUGUCAAUUUGGCGCCCCCCUGUGGACAAAGCAGUCUUGCCUACAUUGUCAUACAUGCCUAAACUGUGUCGAAAUGUCCCUCUCUGCUACAAACACACGACAAAAUUAUGAUAAAAUCAUUGAUCAUGUUGUUGGUGAUCUUGUUUGCUUUUGGGUGUGACAGAAAUGUGUCAAUGUGAAUUUAAAGGUGUUUUAACACCUGAAAGUCCAGACCAAGGUCCAAAACUAGAUCUGUGUUUUUGUCACAUCGUAUACGUUUGGUUCGGUCUGUUUAGGUUUCACUCUGUCAUUAUUGCAAACGAACUAACAAACUAUAAACGAUGAACCUACGUGAUAUCGUCAUUAACUACGUUUUUUGGGUCUUGAAUGUCGUAAACAUAAAUAAAAUCGUCAUUCCCACCAUCAUAUUAUUAUUGAUUUUCUACGACCAAAAGCGACAACUUGAAGAGCUGUACAUGAGGCUAUUGUGAGUUUGUAUUAUUAAUUUUGUCAUUAGACAACGACUUUAUCGUCGUCAUUGACAGGAAAGGAGAAAAAAAUGAUGACUCGGGAUAAAGUAUAUUUAGUUAAACUCUUGAAAAAAUAAUCUGUCAAUAACGAGGUAUAACUUUAUCUACAAUAUAAUAAAAUGUCCUGUUAUUUAAAAUCUUAUAUAACAGAUACUUUUACUCCUAGAGUAAUUUCCUGUCCUUGGUAUGAACCUUUCAUAAUAAUUCUGUCAGACUGAGCGUGAACCAGACCGUAGUUCAGUUUGGUCUGGAUCAUAGACUGUAUACAGAAUGGACGCCAUCUGCCUCCUCGCUGGGUGAAGCUACCGCAAGAACAGCACCCUCUGGUGACGGGCUGCAGUAUAGGUCAUAAAUCCUGCCUCCUCCAGCGAUCCCUAUGGAGCUGUGGAAGAACUAGAAAUUUAUUACACAGAAGAUAAAUUUUUCUUGACUGUUUUCUGCUCAAGUCUUUUUUUCUGUGCUGCUUAAUUUUAAAAGUUUUUAGGCGGUUCAUGUUUUCUAUGAUUGACAGCCUAUGGGCGUAUGAAGAUUGCGUCGCUCACCCGGGGGGAUACGCUGUUUGAGCGCAAGCAAUUCAGCUUCAAAUUUGACGGAAGGCGGAGCCAAGUUGUCCGUAGUAUUUACAGUCUAUGAUCUGGACCGAGACCACCUCUUUUGGUCGGACCAAGGUCCAGGGGAGGUUUCACACCAAACAAUGUAGGUGUGAAAGUCUUCUUCGUGGUUUUCAUGAAACUUCAACGUUUCAGUCCCUCAGCUCCACAUUGUUUUCCAGGAUCAGGACUCUGGAGAUGUGCAGCGUCAUGUGGCUGAUCGCUGACUUUAUAUUCGUAUCAUAGCGACUUUAAUCUCUGAGCUCGACAUAACUAUGCACCUGCACACCUGCACACUCGCUCUGAUUACGUCAAGCUGCUGAGAGGCCUGAUUAAAUCAAAACAAUUCUCUGCAAAAGAAAAAGGCGCCUGCAGAGUUGUUGUGCGUCAGCUGUGAAAUCAGUGUUUCAUAUGAGGUCUCACUUGUGUCACGGUGCCCCACAGGUGCCUUGGUAGGGGACUCGGCCUGGCCAGGCAGAUAAAACUGAAUCCACAAAGGUGUCACAGUUGAAUGAAACACCUCGAAACCCUCCUCCUUGUGGUGUCAGGCAGCUUUACUGACAUAAAGCUUCCGAUGGACACCUCCUGGAAUAUAUCUGAGCGCUGAAAAACGCUAUAUUUGCAUGACACACCUGCUUUCUUCUCCAUUCCCUUUCUGUGCAUGUCAGCCCGCCAGGUGAUUCUCGUGUCUCAGAGGGCUCAGGUCUUUUGAGAGGUGACAUGACGCUUCAGGCGGAGCACGCAGACAAGCCGCUCCUCGUCUGGAGGAGGAUUUACUUGCUGUUCUGUGUUCAGCAGCUGCCAAACGUCUGCUGUCUCACCACCAGGGAAUAUGUGUGUGUGAAAAUCUGUGUGUCUGUGUCUUUCUUAUCUCUUUUCGUCUCUUCCAGAUCGGGACAGGCUUCAAGGAUGAAGAUCUGGAGCAGCAUUACAAGUUCUUAAAGGUAAAGUGGCAUGUUGUGACUGUUGCACUUUCUAACUCGGUUAAAAUUCACAACUCGACACUUGUCUUCUUUAAAAGUCUCAAAACCUGGGCUUUAAAAAAAUUCUGCAGAUUCGGGUUCCUCAUUUAUAAAUCAGAUUGAAAAGGGCAAAUAUGAGCGCGGCGGUCUCUCCGAGGAUGGGCUCUUUUGUCCCUCUCACAAUCACUUUCACGUUAAAUUCCUCCCUGUUUCAAUCUUUUCACAUCAAAAUGAAAAAUUUAAUACUGAUAAUUUACGGCCGGUGUGCAUCUGAAACUCUUGAAUCCUGCAGUCAUUUCGCACCGACGCCUCCAGGUACCUUUUAAGUUUCCAAAAUGAGAGAAGUCACCGGAAAGAGCCGGCGUAUUAAAGCAAAUGUGUUUUUUUUAUUUCCCUCAGGUUUGUCAUCGCCGUGUCAACUCCUCUGAACAUGCCUCACGUCACCUCUGAGAAAUCACAGAAACAUCAAUAAUUGAGCUUUAAAACACUCGUGUUUGUUUGCAAAUGUCUGAGUUUAGUCCCAUCAGGGAAAGUUUUUUUUCGGGCAGAGAUCAUAAAAGCAGCGAUGAAGACUCCGCAUCCGGAGUGACUGCGCGCCGUCGGGUAAUGAAUGAAUUUCUUUUUCAAUUUACAUUUGAAGAGGUUGGUUCCAGAGCAGCAGAGCAGCAGCAGCGGUGUUUGAAGAAAUCGACAACUGCUCCCUGAAAACCAUAACUGUUGUGAGAGACACAAUUUGCUCGGCUAAAUAUAGAACAGCCUUCAGAGGAGGGAGAGAGCGGAGAGGCUUUUAAACGCGGCGAGCUGUUUAUGAAAGGGGCUAAUUGUGAAGUGGAGCCUGGGAACAACCUGCAAAGAUCCUGUAAAGGUUAUAGUUUGGACCUGGCACUCUAAAGUGCUGCUCUGUGCAGAAUCGAGUGAUUGAGAAGGCGGUCAAACCAAUUUUUUUUUUUUCUCGUUGCAGCCUGUACUGUAGUGCUUUGUAAUGAAGCCCUCCAUCUGAAAGUGAUGGAUGGUGAAUUAAGGCGAGCCUCUGGUGUGGUCGUGUUGCUUUGGCUGCAGUGCUGCAGGCCGAUGGGACUCCAGACACGGACACGAUUGGCUCUUUUCUCACUCGGCCGGGUGGCUGAGCGCUGUAGCGAGGGACAGCCUGAUCCCUUUUGUUUUUCCUGCUCUAAUGUGUUUUCUGAUACGGGACUCGGGAUUUUUUGGCCACUCAAGGUCUCAAACCGGCGCUCCUUAUUUUUCACGAUCCCGUGUGGGAACGUUGGCGCUUAAAUCGAACACUUCAGCAGAAAAGCUCUGCGGUUAACUCCUCAGAUGUAAAUAAGUGUUUGUUUUUAGCGCUCUGUGAUAUUUACCGAGGCGUCUUCAGUGUCAGUGGGAUGAAACAGGAGACCUACAGGCAUCACCUGCGCUCUGGGAAAAUACUGUGACAUUUUUCUUCUUCUGAUAAAUAGAGAAACGAUUCAUUUAAAUGGCUUCAAGCAAAAACAUACAGAAGACAUAUUCUUUAUAAAAGCAGGUUUUUUUUCCGCUGGGUCUGUCUGAGCUGUGACUGAACUCGGAUAAUAAACCUGCUCCUGAUCGCUGAUACGACACGACGGCCGAUAUUUGUAUUAAAAAAUGUGCAGCUGAUGCUCACCUGAGGGGGAGAACAGCUCAGAUUUACACGUAUUAAUACUCUGCGCUCUUUCAUGCUAAAGUCAAACUUUGAUUCUGCUUAGACAUGAUCCUCUACCUUGGAAAAAUGUUGACUACUCAGUGUUUUUGACGUUACCGUAAAGUCUGGAGUCACGUUGGUAAAGGACGUCGGUUUUCGUGGACGUCUCAGAGGGGAAAAGGCCAAUAUUUAACUGCUUUUAACAAAAACCACAACUCGUCUUUGUUUGUCACUCUCCAAGCUAGCCCAUGAGUUGAUCUCAGUACAUAUUUCGUUUUUAGAUGACUAAAUCUCAAACAUACUCUGUCAGCAAAAGCAGUUGGGUAACAUAUGCUUAAGCCAAGAAAAACAUCUGCGUUUUAUACCCGUGUGUGUAUCUGACGUAGCCAGCCACAAAAAAUUAUAACAAGUUUCUCUUCUAUUCUGGAAUUUAUGGUAAUUUUAUUGUCUUUCAGGUAAAGUUCUCGUAUCAACACUUCAGCACUUGUCUUUCUAUGAUCACUGACUUUUGUUGGUUUUUCUCCUCUUGUACUUGAUGUUUUUCUAGUUGCUAUGCACUUAUCCGUCUGAAUACAAAGUCUUAUUUCUAAGGAAAUGAAAGUCAGCUGUUUUAAAAGGUAAAGACCCGUAACUAGAAUAAAACUUUAGCUGAUACAUCGGCAGACUGGAAUAAAUCCUGCAGCUCUAGAUUUUAAAAACUUCUUUUUAAAGGUUUAGGGCCUUUUUAACAACGUGGAAACAUCUUAGGAAAUAACAGCGAUCAGUGUCAAACAACAAGAACCUUCACAUAGGGCUGGGCGAUAUGGCCUCAAAUCAAUAUCACAAUAUAUUAUUAUAUAUAUAUAGACCAUAGCCUACCUACACACAUCCAAAACCAACUUUGAUUUACUUAUUUUUUGGACACUGAAUAUACCGAUAUGGGCAAAAUGACGUUAGUUAUUGUUGUAAAUUUCGGUAUCGGUAAAUCUUCGGUUUAUCGCCCAGCCCUAGAUCCAUCUCAGAAGCGUAUCGAGUGCUGCCCUGCAAAAGAUAAGUGCCAAGUCUAUUUUCUCUGCUCUACGCUUCAACACGUGUCAAUCUAAACAGAGACGAUCAUUCUAGACAGGAUGUCAGUCACGGAAAUGGCGCAUGUCAUCCGGUAAAUUUAUUCUUUUUGAUGCCGAAUAAACCGAAAUGGGCAGAAUGACGUCAGUUUGUUGUAAAUUUCAGUAUCAGUAAAUUUUCGGUUCAUCGCCCAGCCCUUCAUUUACAGAUAGAUAUUUCAGCGUCACAGACAGAGAGCCAGGAUUGAAGAUAAGUUAAAACAGUAGUAUGUCUUUACUUUGUACAUUAGAUGAAGAUUUAAACAGGAGCAGAGUCCGUCUCUCGGGUCGGUUUCUCACCCCUAACAGUUUGGCUGAUGACUUCACGUUUUCAAGUUUGCAGCAUUUUCAUCACCUCAACAACAAUAAAGACACCUUUGGCACUCUGCUGCUCUGAGUUCGUCUCAGCUGAGAGUUUCCCUCUGAAUUAUAAAGUCUGUCAGGAGUGGGAUUUAUACCAUCUAAUGAAGUUUUGUAUUCAGAGGAUGAUAAAUGAGUUUAACUCCUAUCCUGUAAAUUGUUCGUAUAUUUACUGUAGCCGCUGCUCUUUUCCCUUUUCCCAAAGUUAAACUUAUGUAACUCACCAUUAGUGCUGCACAGUCUGCAAAAAACCGCUUCCUCCGGCGCCGACACCUGCACUUGAUUAUAAUUAUCCUUUUUAAAUAAGCCUCUUUUCACAUGCCCUCAAGAAGGAUGCAGUAAUUGGAGUAAAUGACACAAAUAUUUGCAUAAAAGUGAGAUGACUCCCACGCCAUUAUUACAGUCUGGGAGGAGCUGUUAUCUCGCACCACCUCACGGAUGAUAACACGGAUGAUCCGCGUCUCGCUGACCCGUCACAAUCUGCCGUCUAUCGUCUGCUGUUGUUUCAUGAGGCUCUCCACGCCGACCGGCUCGCUCUCAUUGUAAUUCCCUCUGUGCAGAGAAUCACUCGAAUGCCUACAGUAUAAAUAAUGUGUGAGACAACCAGCACCACUACCGCCGGAGCCUCCUUCUCCCAGCGUUACUUCACUCUGACCCAGUUCUGUGGACACUGCGGCACUUCAGAGCCCCAUUCACUGGAAAUAGAUCGUUUUACACCUGAAACAAGAUGGCUGUAAUUUUAUAAAAAGCAUCACACCUACGCUGAAAGUUAAAACGGCGAUUUUAAAUGUUUUACCAGUUUGUGGGAGGAGAGGAGAGUAUCGGCAAACAAAGUGUGUGUAUGAAGCUAUUUCUGAUUGAAAUCUCUCAUGUAGGUGUGUGUGAUAAUGCACUUUGGGAGUCGCCCCUUCAUGUCGAACCCUCAGGCGAGUAGGUAACAUUUGAAUACGAGGGUGUUCAGAGUCUGUGAGGCCUCCUGGGAAGCAGCAGCGGGGCAGCCGAAGCCGCUCUGUCACUGUCUCUUUAUCAGCAUUGACCUGUUUUUACCUUCUGCUUGUCUGUGUUCAUCCACAGUGUGUGUUUUUGUGUUUAUAUUUACUCCUUUGUCUUCUUAUGUAAUCAUAAAAUCCAAUCCAAGCUUUGUAUAUAUUUUAAAAACAUUCAAGUUUACCAAAGUGCUGCAGAGUAAAAUCAAAAGAAUAAAUACCACAGAAGAGAAAAUAAAUAAAAGGAGGUAAAAAACAUUUAAAAUGAAAUAAAAACAAAAGAAAAGAAAAUUGUUCAGUUCUUUCAACUGGAGGAACUUUUAAAAGCUCUUUUUGAAAGUCUAAAGGUCCUUAAACACCCCGGGAACAACCCAAAUAUAUGACGCGAAAUUAAAUUACGUAAUAUUCAGAGGUGAAUUUUGACGCGCCUGACUAUACACAUCAAGCCCGAUGUGAUUUUGCGAGGGCAAAAAAGACGCGUCCCAGGUAGAAACGAGAAGACUGACCCAACAGCAGACUGACUGUUUUCAGUUCUGAUUAGACUCUAAUGUUGAGAUGUCUGUCUGUCAUGAUAGCAUGUACUGAGUCGGGGCCAGUACCAGAUAAGAACAUUAAACUAUAAUCCAUAAAACGUAAGGUAACAACCGUUGUAUCUGAACAGGUUAGCUGACGAGCUAAAGUUACUUAGCACAGAUGAAAGUUAAAACAAAGACGUUUAUCAAACUGUUAAAGCACACAAACCAUCGUCAUAUGAGAAAUCUGACGCUAUGACUCUCCACAAGUUGUCCUUCAGGUCGUUAUCUUUGUAAUAUUUGUGUCUUUUAUCAAAAAUCACUCUGUUCUCCGACACGUAAACAAUCAGCCAGUCGGCCAUGUUGGAUAUACCGGUGAAUCUGAUGUCGAAACAACACAAAAUCUGAUUGGUCAGAAGUGUACACACAGUAUGCGAAACUUUAGGAAAAUUCGGCUGUGAUCUGAAAAAAUAAAUGUAAAUAUCGCAGGAAAGGAAAACGUUGCUAAUGUGAACGCUUGUAUUGACAGGAUACGGGUUUGAAAAAAAUAUUGACGUCCGAAAUAAUCGCACGAUAAAAACGCUCCCGGUGUGAAAGGACCUUUAGACUGAAAGUGCUGAACUGUUCGUUCUCGCAGUCUCUCACAGAGCGAAGAACCACUUCCUGUUUGUCCCUUUAAGAGACUCGAUCUCUCAUGGAGUGAUUUUUAAUGAACCAAUUAAGUUUAAAUCAACCCGAUGAGUUGUGAGAUGGUUCUUCAGGUGUUUUUUUUUAAAUGUUUUCCCCACAGGGGGAAAUAUUAAAUUUACAGCAGCGUUAAAUACAAAAGAAAAAUUAAAGGAUGAAAAACAAGAUAUAUAUAUAUAUAAAUAUGACUGUUAUUUACAGCUGAAUGAUCCCAAAAAUACAUUUCACAAAAAGAUCAAAAUUAAAUAUAAAUAAAUAUCAGUUUUUCACUUUUCAAUUAAAAAUAUCUCCUUAUUGAUCUGUAUCGUUCAAUCGUUCAGUGUAGUUGAUAUUAAAGUUCUCUGUCUUUUUCCUUCAGGAGCACAUUCUUCCCAAACCCCGCGCCUACUACCGCGUCGACCAAUCAGCAGAGCCCGACGUGUGGCUGGACGCCGUGCAGGUUUGGGAGGUGAAGUGCGCCGACCUGUCGCUGUCACCGGUCUACAAAGCCGCCAUGGGCCUGGUCAGUGUCAGCGUUCAGUUCUUUCCCCUUCAGUGUGUUUCCUCUGUUAUGGUCUGUUGGCUGCAGUAAAAGUCACAAUUAGAGCUUCUUAAUUGAGUUAUUAAAACUGUAGUAAAAGAUGCUGGAUUUAAUGGAACAGAUACGCGUUUGUAAAGCCGGACUCAAUCCCUCAGUGCAUAUAACACUAAGAGUCUUCAAGUCUCAUUAUAACAAUAGCAGUUAAAAAAACGGCGCCGAGAUGAGCGGCUUUUAUUCAUCUGGAGGCGUUUCGAAGAGAAAAGAAGAAAAGAUUCCUGCUCGGCUGCUGUUUUAUGUAUCGCUAAUAUAAAUGUGAAGGUUAAAGAACUGCGUUUUAUCGUCUGUAGGUUUUACAGCUGCUUUAAGACGCUUGUUUUUUAGAGAGCUGGAGGAAAAGGUGUAAGCAAAUAAGACAAAGAGAGUUAGGAAAAGUAGCAGAGGCAGUAGAGGAGUUUUGGAGAUUGAAUCAUGUCGAUACAGAGUUUUCUAAAGCAUGCAUGCAAACUCUUCUUCUAAACUUUAUAAAAUACACAGAAACAGGCUUCUCUCCCUGCAAUAUUUAUUAUCUCCUGCAGCGGUUUAAAAAGCGUCUCAGAAACAUGUUCAACCAACACUUUUUUAACUCUAGACUAACCGAAGACUUGAUUUUCAAAAUAAAAUACCCUAAUCUACGGGUCUGGGAGUCGACUGUCAGUAAUCUCAGUACUGUAAUCACCUAAAACUGUCGAAUUUAGUGUUUGAGACGUACUUUUAAUGCACAGUCAUAACUACGGAAGAGGGCAAGGGCCAGUGGAAUAAAUAUAAAUAAUAAAGGACAAAUAAUAAAUAAUAUAUAAAUAUUUAAUGUUAUUAUUCUGAGAAAAAAGUCAGAAUUCUGAUUUUAAUGUUGGAAUUCUGACUUUUUUUCUCAGAAAAGAUAGAUAUAUAGAUGUAAAGAUUGAUAGAUAGAUUUAAAGAGAGAGAGAUAGACAGAUAGGUGGAUAGAGGAUAGAUAGAUAGAUAGUUAGAUGUAAAGAGAGAUAGAUAGAUAGAUAGAUAAAGAUGGAGAUAGAUAGAGAUGGACAGACAGAGACAGAUGGAUGUAAAUUUAUAUAAAGAAAGAUAGAUAGAUCGAUAGAUGGUUUUUAAUCCUCCUCUGUACAUAAUUUCUUGUCAUUUCUUUCACCAUCAUUAACACCACAUGAGAUCUAAGAGUAGGUUUUUGGCUUCACUUUUGUGCGGCAUUUCUCCAACAUUAUGAUGAUGAGAAAACAGCGGUACCCUUUUACGCCGGUUUGAUCUAAACUCCUCCGAAACCAUCCGAGGCGGGUGGUGCAACUCCAGGCGAGCUGAUCUCGGUCAGUGGGUCACAGCUCUCAAAGUCAGCGACCGAGCUCGACUGUUGUGCACGCCACAAACUCCACGCCGUGAGAUCAGAUGGUGAUUGGAGGAAGAGCUGUGCUGCACAGAAGCUGCACAUUCGGGCGUUUGCUGAACUCUGCACCGCAGUUUCACUCUUUGUUCUUUUUGAUACACCCCGAUGAAAGAUCUCCAAACCAGAUUCUGCUCCACUGACAUUUAAACGCUGACCUCAAAUGGAGUCAGAGCGUUUAUUGAUAUGGAUUGAACUCACUAAGUGCGACUCUUUCUGAAUUCAAAGUGUUUGUAGCUGCUUGACUAACUUUGGUCUGUGUCUCUUAUUUAUUAUGAGCCCACAGUUACUGCCAGUUUCCUCUGAAAACUCAUAACUCUCGCUGAUUUGGUUUGAUUAUAGCUCGGCGGUGAGCUAUUGCUUCUGACACUUUCAGAUUUCUGCAAAAAUGUGAUUUAUAUUUCUCAAUUCCUCCAGGCGAGCUUAACGUCUAAAUCCAUACAAUCCUGGACAGAAAUUUUCAGCCCCAAACAGCCUGUUAUAUCGUUAAGAAAAAAAAGUCGAAAAGUGCAGCACAUCUGUGUUUGAAAGAGGUGAAAGAUUUGAAAGGCAGAUAAAUGGAAAAAGGACAAAGCAGCAAUUUCUGUCGUCAAAUUGAAAAGGUCUAAAAACAUUUUCAGUCUUUCAGUGUUUGAUGUUCGAAGCCUUGAACCGAACAGCUUUAUUAGCUUUCAAACCUCGACUCUCUGAAAGAAAAAAGAGAGAUUCACGGCUGUAAAGUAGCAAGGACAAACACCGACAUGUAUAAGAGAUCAUAUAUACUGACUGUGACUGUAUCUCCCCGUCUUAGGCUGAUCCAGUAAAAGGGGUUUCUCUGAGGUUCCCCCGCUUCCUCCGCAUCAGAGACGACAAAAAACCCGAGGACGCCACGACUGGAGCUCAGGUAAAUCCAACAGAGACACUUUGAGGGAUCCAGCAGGUCAAGGGGGUCAGCCCUGCUCACCUGCUCAGUAUUAUGAUGACUCUGAUCCAGUAAAAACCCAAUCAUAUGCUUUUUACUCCCACCCUGUAAGUGGAAAUGCUGUGUAAAGGAGGAGCAUCACUCCUUAAGAGCUGUCCUGUAAAAUUUCAAGGGUGAACGGCGCUGCAAGGACGAUCUGUUUUUAUACCGCCGCUGGUUUAUGUUGUGGCCUCCCCCGGCACGAGGAACAGAGCUGUAUAACAGUCGGGUAAAAGCGGCACGUCUCCGGGUCAGCACUGGACUCUGGGUGAUAUACUGUGAGGGAGCAGAGAGGUAAUUAUACUGUACAGUAGAAUCGAGCGGGUCAGGUGUAUCUGGAAGUGAAGACGCUCAUACGCACAGCUGUUCAUGAGAGAGCAUGCUCAGAUCUAAGAGGAGGAAAAAGAUCGUAUAAGUAAUAUGGACAGACCGUCACAGUGAAAAGAUCAAAAGUUAUGAGAUAUUUAGUCAAAAUUAUGGGAAGGUUGUUAUUAUAGUCAUAAAAAGUAAAAAUAAUUCAAUUUAAAUGAAAAAAGACUGGAUUGUCUUUGCUGUGGAGGCUCUGAAGAAACUCAUUUCACAGAUCUUCAAACUUAAAUUCAAUUUCCAAUGAGCUGAUUUGUCUUGAGUUUGACAAAAUAUAAAAAAACUAAAAAAAACUCAACUCAGUUUUGGCACUGAUGUCCUUUGUCACAGAGGUGAAAAAAAGACCUGUGCUACAUGUUCUCUGUCCUAUCUGAUAAAAGCAAAAAUAUCCCUUUAAGAAAAAGUCAGUAAAUAAAUAAUGACAAAUUAGUUUGCAGAGUUUCGCUGACAGUAGCAGAGCUAGCACCACCUGCCUUCAGUUUCGGCGAACAUUUACACGCUUUAGUUUCUGUUUCUUUACUGAAGCUGCAGACCAAACUUAUGGUGAGAGGCUUUCCUUUGCAGCUGAGACACGACAAAUGACCCGGGCUGAGCAAUUUUAUCGAUUCUGGGACAUAAGUCCAUAUUUUUUUUCCCUAGAAAGUAUUGAUUUUUCAGCUGCGAGUAUCGAUACAUUAAAUCUUAAGCUGAAUAUCGUGAUAUGUAUUGUACCAUGGGCUGAAUAUCAUGAUAUAUAUCAUACCAUGAGCUAAAUAUCAUGAUAUAUACCAUAUCAUGAGCUGGAUAUUGUGAAUUAAAUCGCAUCAUGAGCUAAAUAUCGUGAUAUAUAUUAUACCAUGAGCUGAAUAUCGUGAUAUAUAUUAUAUCAUGAGCUGAAUAUCGUGAUAUAUAUCGUAUCAUGAGCUGAAUAUCGUGAUAUAUGUUAUAUCAUGAGCUAAAUAUCAUGAUAUAUCGUAUCGUGAUCUGAAUAUCGUGUAUCUUAUUGGAUCGUACCCUACAUAUGACAGAUAUUCACUAUCAUAACAAUAUGAACAACCUGUUGAACUGACUUUGAGUGGAAGCUAACCUACAGGUGUACAUGUCUCUGUUUACAUCCUGUUCAGUAAAUUGAUUUGUUGGAUUAGUCUGACUAAAACUGGACUUUUUAAAAUCAUGCAAACACGUUAGUCAGACUGAAAUUGGACUUGAUCUGACUUCUCAUACCUGCAUAAUGUGGGAUCAGUUUUCUGGACUAUACUUUCCGCACAUGCUCUUUAACUUCCAAACACGCUUGUGCGAGUCACCUCUGCCCGUUAUAACCGUAUAAACAAAUCUCCCUGUCGUGUUCUCUCGCUGCAGCCCUCAUUUAUCAGCAUUAAUCUGACUUUACACCAGAGCAUUUACUCGUCAUCAGCCAGCGGAUCAUAUUUGUGCUCCAGUGCGGAUCUAUGCGAAUCAGGGCUCGCACCACUAGAGGUAAAAAGGCAUUAAUUCUUUAAUUAGUGGGGCUGAAACAUGCAAAUAUUAAGAUGUCGCUUUAGCAGCUUUCAUUUGACAUAAAACUGAAUCAUGAUACCAUUACGGCUCAAAUAUGAUGUUUUUAAGGUGAAUAAACACGCUGUAGAGUUUGAUAACUCUGCCUCACAUAAACUGUGAUUGCACUCACCCUAAAUGUUUGAUUUAAUAUUUCUUUAUGGUACUUAAAGGCAAAGAGAUGCGGUACACUGGAGUUAUAUUUUCCUCUGUGCUCAUCUUUGAGUAAGAAAAAAAAACACCCCGACAGAAACACAGCCAGACCAAAACCUGUUAAUGUCAGGCUUGAAUUUUUAAAGCGCUCUCCGUCCCGAUUUGUUCAACAGCAGGCUGCAUUUCUCCGGUUUGUUUCUAUACUUGAAAUUUAAAGGCACGCUCUCCUGCAUUAAGAGAUUUGCUGGAUGUGCAAACGCUGACUGACAGGCCGGGUUUUUGUUGUGUAACGGCUCACAGAGGAGGUUUGAUAUGCCGGGAGCAUCCAGGUAAAUAAAACCUGAUUUCGUUUUUGUUAUUUUGAUACCGGGUGUGAGUUUAAAAUAAAGUCUGAUUACGUGUAUUUUCAGCGGCUGGAAUUAACAGCCAUCUGUUAACGGUGGAGUCCACUUGUGCUCAGGUGGGAGUUUGAGCAUCAGCUGCAUUUCAAUGAUUCGCCCGACAGUUACUAUCUGUGCUGAUUCACAAUCGCUCGUAGUAGCACACACGGAUCCGCGGUCCAUCUAAAUGAAACCCGACCUCCUUUAAAUCAGGGAAGUAAGUAAACACGGAGGCCGAGGAAGGUAGGACGUGGUCUGUCUCCAGCUGACUUCCUCUCGGUGCUGCAGAGGAGAAAUAAUAUCAUGUUUUGUUGUUUUCUCCUCCUCGCUGUGCUGCACCACGACCAGGGUGGGCCCGCUGCUCACAUAUUAUUCAUCGUCCCGCCUUUCACCCCCUCCCCUGAUGAGCUCAAGUGAGCACAACCUCUGUUUCCAAGUCAGCAGCUGGGAGUCACCAACUUCAAAGGCUGGAUAUGAAUAAUCAAACUGUUAUUUUUAGCUUUCCUCCUCAUGUAACUGACCUGACUCCAUGAUCUCCCUCCCUCCUCCUGCUUUCUCUCUCUCUCUCUCUCUUUUUUCAUGCAUGCUCCGUCAUGCAAACCCUCUCCUCACUUCCUCUUUUCUCUCCUCCUCCUCCGCAGAUUGCUGAUCUGUACAAGAAGCAGCAGCAGAUCCAGAAUCAGGGGGAGAAAGCCGACCUGGAGGACUACUACUGAUCAGACGGGGGAAAAUGAAUGAUUGCAAUUUCAAAAUAAUUGUAAAUAGCUUCUGUUUUUGUAAUGUUGAAUGGAAAUAAAGGCGUUUGCCAGUUUUAAGCUUCUCUA